GAAUUUCCUAGCACCUCUGAUUUGGACAGACAGAACUUGGCAGAAGAUCAAGGGAUUCCUUCAUCUCUCUUGGAGGCUUCCUGAGAGCACAGAUGGAUGAGCAAGACUCAGCUGGCCCUGGAGCAGGAAGAGGCCAGGCCAUGGAAACGGGGAGCAGUGGGGGAUUCUGGGGAAAAACUGUGCAGAAGAUCCCGGGAGAGGAGGACACUCUCCACUCAGAGGUGCAGAGCCAGCAAUUGAGGCAGUUCUGCUAUCAGGAGGCCAAAGGACCCCGGAAGGUUUGCAGCCGACUCUACUGCCUUGACCAUCAGUGGCUGAAGCCAGAAAGGCACACGAAAGCUGAGAUGCUGGACCUGGUGAUCUUGGAGCAGUUCCUGGCUGUCCUUCCACCAGAGAUGGAGAGCUGGGUGAGGGAAUGUGGAGCAGAGACCAGUUCCCAGGCAGUGGCCCUGGCCGAAGGUUUCCUCCUGAGUCAGGCAGAGGAGAGGAAGCAGGCAGAGCAGCAGGUGAGAGAGACUUUCCUCUGGACACUCCCAAGGAGCUCCGAACAUGAGUGAGAGUAUCUGAAAAUUCUCUAUUAAUAUACCAUCCUUUUUUGGAAAGCAGCCCUUGAAUAUUAUCAGAUUGCCCUUCAGUUUUUGCCUCUGUCAUUCCUUUUCUAACUCUUCUUCAUAUUCUCUAUUUUGAAUCUUUGUUGCUGUUUCAGAGACAGGAUCUGAUUGCAGAAAUGGGCCCAGAUUCCUCUGAGACCAAAAGGAUUCUGUUGGACACCAGAGAGAGGCUGCUGGGUAAGGAAGGAGUCCGUUCUCCGUUUGGUCCCUUUCUGUGGAUAUCAAAACAAAUCCAUGGGUUCUUUUCCUCUCUUUUUUUUGGGGGGGGGGUAGACACUUGGGGCCAGAAGCACCAAGGAGGGAGAUGUAUUUUUUAACCCAACUAAAUUAUGAAAUGGGUCCAAAUGUCCAGAUGCACUCAGAAGGUGAGACGUUUUGGAGAGCAGCUGCACUCCUGGCUUCCCACUUACCUCUGUCUCUCACAGGUGGCCAGAUGAUGCCAGCAAGACCUCCUCUUCCAUCUAUUCCUGGGGGUGAAGGAGAAGCAACAGCUGUGGAAGCAGCUCAGGUAGAGGGAGGAAGCCCUGUGGGGAAGGGGGCUGAGGGGGGGGCAGCCAGGGUGCCUCUGGCCCCCAAGGAAUCUCUCUCCUCCUCUUGGCUUCUGUCCAAGCUUCUCUGAAGACGUCUUUGUCAAGGGCAGCCUAGACAGAAGCCAAGAGGCUGGGAAUGCUGUUCGAGAAGUUUAAUGUGCUGAGAAUAAGGAACAGCCACCUUGCCUUAACUCACCUUCUGACGGUCAAUAGGAUGAUUCAUAAGUCAUUGUAGUUUUAUUUCUAGAGUUAUCAUUGAAUGCUAAAAUAGGCUUCUAAGCAGUUCAUCAAGCCUCAAAAAUAGUUCCCAGGAAUCACCUAUCUAGUCGCAUCAGUUGCAUAAUGGGGUUUCCCCACCUUCUCCUCCCCCCUUUUAAUGCGCAGAAAGAAACAGAAAUGUGUAGCAGACAACCUUAGUGCUGUCUAAAAAGGACCUUUAUCUUUCUCUCUUAGGGUCCAGUAUGCUUUGAAGAUGUCGCUGUUCAUUUCACAGAUGAGGAAUGGGCGUUGCUGGAUCCUGACCAGAGAGCUCUGCAUAAGGAAGUCAUGGAGGAGAAUCACAGGAUUGUGGCCUGUCUCAGUAAGGCUGCCUUGUGGAUCAUGACCUCUGUUUAGAAAUUCCAUGCAUAUCUCUCUCUGAUAAGCCUCCCUGGUUUUGAGGGAGGUCUGCAGGGCCACUUGCAGCACCUGGGAUUCUAAUACCCCCCAAACUCACCUUAAAUGGAAGGCUAUUGACUGUUGUGACCAUGGACAUGAUCAAGCCAACAUAGACAUUGCUGAGAAUGAAAUGGGAACAUGCUGGGAAUCUGAGGUCAGGAGAACACAUCUUUGUUGACACUGUCCUGCCUUGUAUUGCCCAAAAUCUUCCUGAUAUGGAGCAUAUGGAAGACAUUGAGGGUUUUUCCCCCUACUGGUUGUAAUUGUCCACAAUUCACUUCACAAACUGCUUGCUCAACGCACAAUCCUGAUAGACCUUCCUCUUGGCAUUGAAGAGUUAGUAACACAUUUGCCUUGCCAAUACACUUGUCCAGGUCAGCAUCGAUGAAGAGGUUGUUGGUUAUGGUAGAACCUCCUAGGGAGACAAAAUCAUCCACCACCUCCAGUGUCUGAAUCUCCCAUAGGUGCAUUUUGCAACAGGGAAUUUCAUAGACACGAGCAGUUUCUGAGCUCUGCGCGCAGUACUGCACCUAAGAUUUCAGAUUAAAACUGCGGAGUGGAAGGAAAGGAGGACCUUUUUCUGGCUCCCCACUUCCAGCUACUCUCUGAAGGCUGAAGGAGAGACCUGUCAAGGUGGUGUCUGCUCUUCGCAGUAAACACCCUCUGCUCACUCAGAGAGAUAUUUACAGUUCUUUAUUUACAUAUGUACGAACAGCUACAGUUCAAAAUCAUGCAUCUGAAUCCGACGAGUCAGAUUCGGGGAGUGGCUUCCUUCGGCUCCUUCUCCAACACAGCAGAUGUGGGAAUCUCGCAAGACGUCUUUGAUUCUCUCCUCGCCUGUGCCAAAGGCACCGCUUCCCCUUCUGUUCCUGAACUCCCUGGUUGGUGGCAGGGCUCUCCAGUACUGCAGAGCCCUGACACCACUUGACUGCUCUCCGCCUUCUCCUCCCCUACUUCGUCCAUCAUUUCCCUGUUUUCCCCGUCUGACUGUCCCUGCUCUGAUCCUCCCCCUUCCCUUGACCCAAGGGCUCUCUGUCCCGUGACAUCACCCCCCACUAAGCCCCCCCAUCUGUCUCGCUUUCGCUGUCUUCUGAGGAUCUGAAACCUACAAGUGGUGAUAUACCUGUGGGUGCGUGCAUUGUGUUAUUGUAUGCGAACUCUGCCAGGCUCAAUUUCCUCAAAACUUCUCUCUCUGUUCUCCCCUUGCCUGUCUGUCCCGUGACAAGACCUUCUUAAAAAAUCGGGGGGGUGGGGGUGGGCAGGGGAAGGACUAGACCACGUGAAAAAUGAAUAUAUUAUUUUAGCUGCUGUUCAUUCCUUUUCAGCUUUGUAUUCUUGUUAUAAAAGAGUGCGCCUAGACAUUCGUUGUUGCGCCCGUAUCCUUGGUUUAAGGUGCCUUUAACUUAGAUUUCUUUUCUCUGUUUCUAACACUGACUGCCUCUAGUGUGUGGUCACCAAUGUUGAUGCAUGGAAUGCUUCCUCUAUCACAAGGGUUAGAGAUCAAUAUUCAAUACAGUAGCACUCCCAUUUCUUCCUACAGUUCUAAUCCAUUUCUUUCUUCAUUGCAGGUGGUGAUUAUUUGGAAAUUGAGAACGAGGACGCCCAUGACAGAAUCCACACAGUGGAGAAGCCAUUGCCACUCUUGGAGUGUGGCGAGAGCUUCAGUCACAGCUCCCAUUCGACUACCCACCAAAUAAAUGCUAUUGGGAAGAAACCCUCUCAGUUCUCUGAAUGGGGAAAAAAUUUCUGUUGGAAUGAAAGCCUCACUUCACAGGAAAUAAUUCCCACAGGGGAGGACCCACUGAAAUACUUGGAAUGUGGAAAGAGCUUCAGUAAGAGUGCACAUCUCAUUUCGCAUCAAAUAAUUCAUACAGGCGAGAAACCCUAUCAGUGCUUAGAAUGUAGGAAAAGCUUUAAUACAAGCAAAACCUUCCGUGAACAUCAGAGAAUUCACAGGGGGGAGAAGCCAUUUCAAUGCCGAGAGUGUGGAAAGAGCUUCAGUCAGAGCACCCAUCUCACAGCCCAUCAAAUAAUUCAUACAGGUGAGAAACCCUAUCAGUGCUUGGAAUGUGGGCGGAGCUUCAAUCACAGGACGACUCUCACGGUCCAUCAAAGGAUUCACAGUGGUGAGAAACCCUAUCAGUGCUCAGAAUGUGGGAAGAGUUUCACUGUGAGCUCCCAUCUCACUUCCCACCAAAGAAUUCAUACUGGGGAGAAACCAUAUAAAUGUGUGAAUUGUGGAAAGGGCUUCACCCAAAAGGCAAGUCUCACUUCCCACCAAAGAAUUCACAGUGGUGAGAAACCCUAUCAGUGCUCGGGAUGUGGAAAGAGAUUCUCCCAGAGAGCCAAUCUCAGUUCCCACCAAAGAAUUCACACAGGGGAAAAACCAUAUCAGUGCUUCGAAUGUGGAAAGAACUUCAGUCUCAGGGCCCAUCUCACUACCCAUCAAAGCAUUCAUACCAGGAAGAAUCCCUAUCGAUGCUUGGAUUGUGGAAAGAGUUUCCUACAGAGAGCCGAUCUCACUUCCCACCAAAGAAUUCACACAGGAGAGAAACCCUAUCAGUGCUUGGAAUGUGGGAAGAGCUUUACUGUGAGCGCUGGUCUUACUUCCCACCAAAAAAUUCAUAUUGGGGAGAAACCCUAUCAAUGUGUGAAUUGUGGAAAGAGCUUCACCCAGAAGCAAAGUCUCACUUCCCACCAAAGAAUUCACAGUGGUGAGAAACCAUAUCAGUGCUUAGAAUGUGGAAAGAGUUUCUGCCAGAGAGCCAAUCUCACUUCUCACCAAAGAAUUCACACAGGUGAAAAACCCUAUCAGUGCUUGGAAUGUGGCAAGAGCUUCAGUCUGAAGAAAAGUCUCACUUCCCACCAAAGAAUUCACAGUGGUGAGAAACCCUAUCAGUGCUCGGAAUGUGGAAAGAGUUUCUGCCAGAGAGUCAAUCUCACUCAUCACCAAAGAAUUCACACAGGUGAAAAACCCUAUCAGUGCUUGGAAUGUGGGAAGAAUUUCCGCCAGAAAGUCAACCUCACUUCCCAUCAAAGAAUUCACACAGGGGAGAAGCCCUAUCAGUGCUUGGAAUGUGGGAAGAGUUUCCGCCAGAAAGUCAACCUCACUUCCCACCAAAGAAUUCACACAGGGGAGAAACCCUGUAAGUGCUUGGAAUGUGGAAAGAGCUUCAGUCAUAAGCAAAGUCUCCCUUCCCAUCAAAGAAUUCACAGUGGUGAGAAACCUUAUCAGUGCUUGGAAUGUGGAAAGGGCUUUGGUAAGAGGACCAAGCUCAUGGCCCAUCAACGAACUCACAGUGGUGAGAAACCCUAUCAAUGCUUGGAUUGUGGAAAGAGUUUCAGCCAAAGGGCCAGUCUAACUUGCCAUGAAAGAAUUCACACAGGGGAGAAACCAUAUCACUGCUUGGAAUGUGGGAAGAGCUUCAACCAGAAGCAAAGUCUCACUUCCCACCAAAGAAUUCACACAGGGGAGAAACCUUAUCAGUGCUUGGAAUGUGGAAAGAGCUUUGGUAAGAGGACCAACCUCAUGGCCCAUCAAAGAAUCCACACUGGGGAGAAACCCUAUCAAUGUGUGAAAUGUGGAAAGAGUUUCUGCCAGAAAGCCCAUCUCACUUCCCACCAAAGAAUCCACACAGGGGAGAAACCCUAUCAGUGCUUGGAAUGUGGGAAGAGCUUCAGUAAGAGGACCAACCUCAUGGCCCAUCAAAGAAUCCACACUGGGGAGAAACCCUAUCAGUGCUUGGAAUGUGGGAAGAGCUUCAGUAAGAGGACUAACCUCAUGGCCCAUCAAAGAGUUCAUACAGGGGAGAAUCAUAGAAUUUUAGACCUGCAGGAGACUUCUGGGUCGUCUAGUCCACUGCAGGACUCUCAGCUAAAGCUUCCAUGACACAUUGCCUUCAAACUUCUCCUUACAAACCUCCAAGGAAGAGGAGUCCACAACCUUUCAAGGGCGUCUAUAAUUUGAAGCCAUUGGUUUGGGUCGCAGCCUCCAGAGCCGGUGAAAACAAGCUUGUUCAAUCUUCCAUGUGACAGCCCUUCCUGUUCCUCAGAAGGCUUGGUUUCCCAACGCUUAAUUGUCUUGCUCACCCCCCUCUGCACACCUUCCAGCUUGUCAAAAUCCUUCUUAAAUUGGGGCACCCAGAACUGGACACAGGACUCCAGGUGUGGUCUGAACAAUGCAGAAGAAAGUGGGGCUGUUACUUCUCUUGAUCUGGACACUUGACUUCUUUGGACGCUGCCUAGAAUAACAGCCUAUUUCGCUGAUGUUGACUCAUGUUAGUCUUGUGGUCCACUAAGACUCCAGGUCUUUCCCACAUGUACUACUGGCAAGCCCGGUAUCCCCCAUCUUAUAUUUGUGCAGUUGAUUCUUCUUGCCUAAGAACAGAAUCUUACCUUUCUUCUUAGUGAAAUUUAUUGGAUGCCUUUAUAUACCACCUGUUUCUUCAAGAAGCUCAGUGUGGUCUUAAGUCGUUCUCUCCCUCAUCGUUUAAUCCUGACAACAACCCUGUGAGGUAGGUUGGGCUGUGAAGCCAUCAUCCAGUGAGCGUCAUGGAUGAGUGGAGAUUUGAACCAAGGUCUCCCAGUUCCUAGUCCAAAACUCUUAAGCACUGCACCCCACUGGCUCUCGAAUGAGACUCUUGGAAAGUGCAUGCAUGCACAUUUACCGAAAGUUUCAGUGCAAUGUCUUGGUGUUUGUAUUUAAAGUUUUAUACGCAUGUAUCAAUGACAUUAAUAUAACAAUGGUAAUUACAGUAGAAGAGUAAAUUUUAGGAAAUGCUAGAUGGUGAUAGGGGUAGUUUGGAAUGCUGGGAUUGAGCAAUUGAACUGAACAAUUUCCACAUAAAUCACAAGAUCUAAAAUAUAAAAACAAAACACCAACACCAACACCAACAACCCCUCCCCCAAAACCCCCAAAUUCAAGAGUCUGUUCAGCAGCCUCAGCUUUUGCAGCUGGAGUCAAUCCAGGCUCUGCCCUCCCAGGCUAGGUGGAAAAGGUCUCUAAGGAGAGAGCCCAUCUUCUGGGACUUGCAGCCAAGAUGGUUGGCUGCAACCAUUGGAGGGUGGAAUGGAAUGGGACAGUGGUGGCAAUUGUGGAGCAGGGUUGGUUAGACCUGUAGUAGAGAGACAGCAUUAUAAUCCCCGUUGUUGCAGCUGUAGCAAAGUUUUAAUGAAUCGAUGCACACUUCCUCCUCUGUUAUGUUUGGGGUGAAGUGUUGAAGAGUUCUCUGUGGUGGCAACAGGAAUAAAGGGGAGUUUGGUGGAAGAUCCAUCUCCUAGCCGUGCACCUUGAAUGAAACGGGAAGGUGGCCCAGGGAUGGGUGGGCAGGGCCAGAGCGCCUCUGAGCAAAGGCGGUGGGGGCUCAACAUGGGGAGAUAAACUAGAGGACACUCAGAGCAUUCAAAGUGCUUCAUAAAAACCAACUCUGCUGUCUUUACAACAUCCCUAUGAGGUGGAACUGUAGCCUUUCCCCAUUAAUGUGGGAAGUCGAAGAGAGGAGGAGGAGAGCAGAGAGGGGCGUGAAGCAGAGACUCUGUCCCUCUGCCCUCUUGCAAGUUGCACACACACAAUGCGCUCUGAUUUGCGCUGCUCAUUCACAUCUGUUUUACGCCCCCAGGCAUUUAUUGGAACGGUCUAGGUGCUGAUUUUUAAAGUACUUGAUGUUGUUGUUUAGUCGUAUCCAACUCUUCGUGACCCCCUGGACCAGAGCACGCCAGGCACUCCUGUCUUCCACUGCCUCCCGCAGUUUGGUCAGACUCAUGCUGGUAGCUUCGAGAACACUGUCCAACCAUCUCGUCCUCUGUCGUCCCCUUCUCCUUGCGCCCUCCAUCUUUCCCAACAUCAGGGUCUUUUCCAGGGAGUCUUCUCUUCUCAUGAGGUGGCCAAAGUCUUGGAGCCUCAGCUUCAGGAUCUGUCCUUCCAGUGAGCACUCAGGGCUGAUUUCCUUCAGAAUUGAUACGUUUGAUCUUCUUGCAGUCCAUGGGACUCUCAAGAGUCUCCUCCAGCCCCAGAAUUCAAAAGCAUCCAUUCUUUGGCGAUCAGCCUUCUUUAUGGUCCAGCUCUCACUUCCAUACAUCACUACUGGGAAAACCAUGGCUUUAACUAUACAAGCCUUUGUUGGCAAGGUGAUGUCUCUGCUUUUUAAGAUGAAGAGUUUGGAUUUGAUACCCCGCCUUUCACUCCCCUUCAGGAGUCUCAAAGCGGCUAACAUUCUCCUUUCCCUUCCUCCCCCACAACAAACACUCUGUGAGGUGAGUGGGGCUGAGAGACUUCAGAGAAGUGUGACUGGCCCAAGGUCACCCAGCAGCUGCAGGUGGAGGAGCAGGGAAUCGAACCCGGUUCACCAGAUUACGAGUCCACUGCUCUUAACCACUACACCACACUGGUAGUUUGUCAAGUAUUUGAUAGUGGUUGCUUUUUUUAUAGUUGACGGGAUUUAAGAGGGGGCUUUGAGCUAUGUGUGCUGCCCUCAUACUGGAGCAAAGGGAAGUUGCCCUGCAGAAGGGGCAGGCCGUCCUCUCCCGGCGGACAGAGAGAAGUCCAAAGUUUGGAGCAAUGAAUAACCUGGUUCAAUACACUCUUUCGGAUCCCUGGGAGUCCCUUUCACUGAGACACUUUUCUGGAAGGGGCACCUGGAGGCUUCAAAAAUUAAAGUGCAGGAAGCUUGUGGGGCACUAAUGAAAUUCUGCCUCACGGUGGGUGGACACUUAUUAGCACCUGUGCUGAAAAUUGGAAGCUGAGCUGAGGGAAGUCUUUGGGGGAGGGGAGGGUGGGUUUCAGGGUGUGUGGGGAAAGGUGGUAAAUAAUGAAUAUGAUAUUUUUGGAUAUGUUGUUGAAUUGCUAAUAAAAAUAUUUUUAAAAAAAAUAAAAGUUUAUAAAAUAGUUUACUCACAUUCUGUUCACAGAAGGAUCCCAGAAGGCAGACUUAGGUUACAAAAUAUAUACACCUGGAAUCUAUCCCAUAAGGAGAGAGUUCCUUUGUCCUCUCUUCGUUGGAAGCAUCUCAGGCUAAGGAGAUGUUGCUUCUUCAAGGAAUGGAGUCAGAGAGAGAGAGAGAGAUGGCUGCCUGCCCUGUGCUAUGUUGUUACCUGCACAGGUGAGGUCACACCCACCUCUGGUCACAUGUAGAGGAAGUUUGUCCCAGCCCAGGAGGAAACAGGAUGUUCUGAGUGGCUGGUCCAGACAUCCCCUUUUAUGUCCACUCUAGGAAUGUUGUAUUUGACUGCUCUGUGUUUCACACCCCACAGUUCAAAGAAAGAGCGAUUGCAAGGAGCUCCAAAAAGAGAUCUCCAAACGGGGUGGAUGGGCAGUAAUGACAGUUCAUUGUCAAUGAGAUCAAAGUGAUGCAUGUUGGGACAACCCCCCCCUUCAUAUGUACAGGCUCAUGGGGUCUGAACUGGAUUUCCCUGUGUGCUCUAGGAGACCAGGGGAGAGGGGAGCUGGUCGCAGCAGGAGGGGGAGUCUCCCUGGAUGCUUCAGCAGCCGGCCUCCUCUGGGUCUCCUGGCCCCCUCCUCUCCUCCCUCUGAGUCUGACCUGCCAGGUACUUCUCCCUUUCUUAAAAUGCUGUUCAGUACUUCUUUCAAGGGUGCAAUCAGGGUUUGAUUUAGUUUUUUUAUCAUAUUUUGCCGGAAAUCCAUCCGGUCCUGGGGCCUCCACAGUUUUUGAUUCUUUUAUUACUUGUUGGAUUUCGUCUUCUUCUAUUGGCUCUGCCUCUUGGCCCUUUCACUUUGCACCAACCAAUACUCAGCUUUACUUAAGAAUACUUUAGCAUUUAUGUAGCACAUUUAAAGCAUUACAAAAUAUAACAUAUGUUAUCUCAGUAAUCUAAACAACGGCCCUGCAAGGCUGUCCAGUGUUAUAAUCCCCAUGCAUAUGAAGAGUUGAGGUUGCAGGAAGAGGAGUUUGACUCACAUCUCACACUUUGACUGCUACACUACAUCAGUCCUUGCACUCCAGAUCCUGAAAACAGCUCUGUGAGUUGUCAGAGGACUGCCCAGCAUCCUAUUGAAAACAAGGCAGCAUGGGCAGCUCAGGAGGAACUAGCAAGUCUUCUCCUGAGUGACACAAGCAUUCCCCAGCAUGUGCAUUGUAGGAAUGUUGUAUAUGACUGCAAUACAAAUUUACACCCCACACCUUCACUACCCAAUAAUCAUUUGCAAGCGUACUUCUUCCAAGGCUCAGUAUUUAAGAUUCUGAGCUUGAAAAACAAAACCCCUGAGAUUGAGGCAUCACCAGAGAAGCUUCCUCAUGUGCAUCUCACACAACAUUCUCAUCUCCAGUUGGGAUCACCUGAGACCUCAGAAAGAAAUCAUUGUUUUUUGGGGGGGAGUGGCGUGGAACCAUGCCUGAGUCAAAAGAUUACAGAGCAAAGACAGUGCCCUAUUCACGUUUCAUAUGAAGUUGGUUUGUUCCCAUGAAUUGUACCAGCGAGCUUCUUCACAGAAUUUCAUAUCCCCUUAUAAAGUCAUGUCCAGCAAUACCUUCAUGCCCAAGCAGUCUCCUGUCUCAGAUGCAAGCAAUCCCCUUGGCCAGCUACCACUGGACAUCCUGCACCUUGCUUUCUUUUGCAAACCUCCCAGCCUCAGCAGUUCAAAUUCCAGCCUACACAUGCACUUAUGUGCACACACUUGUCGGGAACAUGUUCUCUUUUAUCCAGACCAGAUAACUGUCAGCAUUUAAAGAUGUAGUAGAAAGACGAUAGAGAACAGGAUGGAAGAUGUUUAAGGGUCAAUCCUAGGUACACUUGGAGUGCCAUCUUCCCCCCGUCUGCUCAGUCCCGUGCAGAAUAUACCCAGGGAAGUGGAGUCAGGACUGCAACAUUAUUUAUGCGUUGGCAUUCGGCUGCAGAACUGCAGAGUUUACUAAGCACACUUGCGGGGGGAAACUCUACACUAGCGUCCAUCUGGCAUACUUCUGGGCAAACAUAUGCAGGGUUUUAUUGCAGGGUCUUCAGUAGAUUAGCCCUAAACUGAGAAUUUUGGUUUCCUCCUUGGCGUAUUGAGCUCCAAAUUGCUGCUUGACUUCUCAUGAAGCAAAGCUGCCACAAAGCACACUUGCCUCAAGGAAGACGGAGUUCAUGCCCACCUAACAAUAUGCUUGCCCUGAUGAAGCUAGAAGGUGCUGGUCACCCCCCCCCCCAAAUAUUUAUUGGUUUUCUCUUGUAAUUUUUUUGUUGUUUAGUCGUUUAGUCCUGUCCGGCUCUUCGUGGCUCCAUGGACCAGAGCACGCCAGGCUCUUAGAAUACAUAAACAUAAACACAGAAAAGAACAUUACAUUUAACACAACAUAUAAACUUAACAACAAUAAAAAUGCAAAAGAUAAAAGAAUAUUUUCCCCCUUCUUAUUCCCUUGUAUAUUUACAUUACUAGAAGACUUCCUUGACACCUUCCAAUCUGAAUUUCAUCAUAACACAUAUUUAGCAGUUCCCAAUUUCAUAUCUGAAACAUCAAUAUCCUCUUUCAUUACAAACUUCUUAUCCCUACUUCCAAUUGUAAUCCAUAAUAAUCAUUAUUAUUGGUCCUGCUUCUCCUUGUGCUUUCCAUAUUUUCCACAUUUUGUUUCCAUUUUUCCACAUCUUGAUAUUCGUUGUUGAGUCGUUUAGUCGUGUCCGCCUCUUUGUGACCCCCUGGACCAGAGCACGCCAGGCACCACUGUCUUCCACUGUCUUCCACUGCCUCCCGCAGUUUGGUCAAACUCAUGUUAGUGGCUUCAAGAACACUGUCCCACCAUCUCGUCCUCUCUCGUCCCCUUCUCCUUGUGCCCUCCCUCUUUCCCAACAUCAGGGUCUUUUCUAGGGAGUCUUCUCUUCUCAUGAGGUGGCCAAAGUCUUGGAGCCUCAGCUUCAGGAUCUGUCCUUCCAGUGAACACUCAAGAUUUUUUUGGAAAAUUAAUAAAAAUGAUUAAAAAUGAAAUAAAAUCCACACCCCAGGAUAUUUCCCCUAUCACCUCUUUUCCACCUGAGCCUCAGCCCCAUACCUAAAACCCAGACAUCCUGCAGUGUGCCAGGAUUGUGACUCUUGCCCUCAGGAAACAAAAUAGCUCCCCCGCGAUGCUUAGGUGCCCUGAGGGCUGUGCAGGACCCCCAAUCCUUGAAAUGAAAAAGGGAGGGGCUCAGGAAACCUGAAGGGAGCAGGCAGGGAGGGGGCUGCACAGGAUCCAGAAGCUCCUUCUCGCUGAUUCCCCCCCCCUGAAGUUCCUUUAAGAGCCCCACAUUGCAGGGGGCAGGCUCACUUGCAGCGAAACAAAAUGCAGCUGCCCUGGCCGAGUGGAGCCAGGCUGGGGGGCACCGUGGGGACCCUGGAAAGGUGCCCCUAGAAGAAAUGUGCCCCCUCUGUUGGAGGCAGCCCUCCUUCUGAAACACCAAGAGAGUAAACGGACAGUUCUCUGAAUGGAGAGGAGCAGAAAGCAGAGUCCCCUCAAGAUCAGUAUUGGGACCUGUGGCUUUUCAACUUAUUCAUAAAUGAUCUAGAGUUAGGCGGGAGCAAAGUUGCUGAUGGCAGCAAAUUGUCCAGGGUUGUUCAAAGAAAGAGAGAUUGCAAGGAGCUCCAAAAAGGUCUCUCCAAAAGGGGUGAAUGGGCAGAAAAUACAGUUCAUUAUCAAUGACAUUAAAGUGGUGUAUGUUGGGACAAAAAAAUACCUCUUAAUACAAUGUACAGGCUCAUGGGGUCUGAACUGGAUUUCUCUGUGAGCUCUAGGAGACCAGGGGAGAGGGGAGCUGGUCACAGCAGGAGGGGGAGUCUCCCUGGAUGCUUCAGCAGCCGGGCUCCUCUGGGUCUCCUGGCCCCCUCCUCUCCUCCCUCUGAGCCUGAACUGCUCUCUGCCCCAGACUCUUCCUGAUCACCAAACCCUGUUUCCUCCUCAGCUUGCAACACCUCCCCUCCCCUUCUGCUCCCUUUUCUCCCUCUUUCUGCUCAUUGCCAUCCCACCACCAGUUCCUGGACUCUGAGCCUUCUUCCCUUGUGGGCCCCCCAGCUGGUGCCUCCCCCAACCAGCCAGUCCAUGACAACAACAGCAGCCACAGCACUGUGGUCCUCUGGUAGGAAAACUCCCGAGUAGCAUGAUUGAAGCAAAACUUCUGGGACUAUGGAAAAAUACUCUCUUUCCCAAACCCUAGAAUAAGCAGGAGCUCUGGGGUUGCCCCAUGGGGUUCAUGAGUGAAGAUGGGCCCCCCAGGAGACUUCCCUGGUACCUGCAGCCCCUCCUUCCCCCUCUUGAAAUUAGGCUUGGGGGGAAAUCUCCCAUUCAAUUUCAGUAUUUCAAGUUUUCUUCAGAACGCGCAGGGCAGGAGGCAGCGAUGAAGUUCUGGUGAAGAAGCAGUGCUGGGAGAUCAUGCGGUGGGGGAGGUGACAGAGUUUAGUGCAAAAACCAAAAGUACUUUCAUCUAAAAUUAUACUCACUAUUGUGAGAUGCUGCCUUCAUUAUUUCAUUAUUAUACAGUUUUACAAAUAAACACCAGAACUUCACAUAUCCCUGAUGCUUUUAGGAAUGAUCUCCUGCUGAGUUCAUUGCUCAGAGUGGACUCUGAGAGGAAGACAUCCCACACUCCAUACAUCUAAGUGGGUUCUCCCAUGUGAGAGUCCCUAGCUGUUCCUUAAAUAAAGGUAAAGGUAAAGGGACCCCUGACCAUUAGGUCCAGUCUUGACCGACUCUGGGAUUGUGGCGCUCAUCUCGCUUUACUGGCUGAGGGAGCCGGCGCACAGCUUCCGGGUCAUGUGGCCAGCAUGACUAAGCCGCUUCUGGCAAACCAGAGCAGCGCACGGAAACACCAUUUAACUUCCCACCGGAGCGGUACCUAUUUAUCUGCUUGCACUUUGACAUGCUUUUGAACUGCUAGGUUGGCAGGAGCUGGGACUGAGCAACAGGAGCUCACCCCGUCGUGGGGAUUCGAACUGCCGACCUUCUGAUCGGCAAGUCCUAGGCUCUGUGGUUUAACCCACAGCGCCAUCCGCGUCCCUGUUCCUUAAAUACUCCAUUAUAAAUAAAGCACUUUCUGUAGUCUUUUCAUUCAAACUGCUUCUCCUUAGUUUGUUGAUGGUUUGAAGGGUUUCAACUCUUAAAGUUCUUCCUGUCCAUAAGUCUGUUGAUUCUGAACUUCCACUAAGAGUGAACCUCUAUCUACUUUCCUGAUAUUUAUAUGGUUUGUCUUUUGUAUGAGUUUGUUGACAAAAACCAAGGAUUCCACUCUGACUGAAGCUCCUUCCACAGUCCACACCUUUAAAUGGUUUCUCUCGUGUGUGUCCGCUGAUGUUUUCUAAGAUUUCCACUCUGACUGAAGCUCUUUCCACACUCCAUACAUGUAAAUGGUUUCUCUUCUGUGUGAGUCCGUUGAUGUGUCCUAAGGCUUGCAGUAUCACUAAAGCUUUUUCCACACUCGAUACAUUUAUAUGGUUUCUCCCCCGUGUGUGUCCGCUGAUGUUUUCUAAGAUUUCCACUCUGACUGAAGCUCUUUCCACACUCCAAACAUUUAAAUGGUUUCUCUUCUGUGUGAGUCCGUUGAUGUUGUCUAAGGUUUGCACUGAAACUGAAGCACUUCCCACACUCCACACAUUUAAAUGGUUUCUCCCCUGUGUGAGUCCGUUGAUGUUUCCUAAGGUUUCCAUUAUCACUAAAGCUCUUUCCACACUCGAUACAUUUAUAUGGUUUCUCCCCUGUGUGAGUCCGUUGAUGUUUCCUAAGGUUUCCACUUUUACUAAAGCUGUUUCCACACUCGAUACAUUUAUAUGGUUUCUCCCCUGUGUGUGUCCGUUGAUGUAUUUUAAGGUGUGCACUCUGACUGAAGCUUUUUCCACACUCCAUACAUUCAUAUGGUUUCUCCCCUGUGUGAUUCCGUUGAUGUGAUCUAAGGCUUCCACUAUCACUAAAGCUCUUUCCACACUCCAUGCAUUUAAAUGGUUUCUCUUCUGUGUGAGUCCGUUGAUGUUGUCUAAGGUUUGCACUGAAACUGAAGCACUUCCCACACUCCACACAUUUAAAUGGUUUCUCCCCUGUGUGAGUCCGUUGAUGUUUCCUAAGGUUUCCACUAUUACUAAAACUCUUUUCACACUCAAUACAUUUAUAUGGUUUCUCCCCUGUAUGAGUCCGUUGAUGUGAUCUAAGGCUUGUAUUACAACGGAAACUCUUUCCACACUCGAUACAUUUAAAUGGUUUCUCCCCUGUGUGAGUCUGUUGAUGUCUUCUAUGGUGUCUACUCUGACUGAAGCUCUUUCCACACUCCAGACAUGUAAAUGGUUUCUCCCCUGUGUGAAUCCGUUUGUGCAAUUUAAGGUGUCCACUCUGACUGAAGUUCUUCCCAUACUCCCUGCACUUAAAAUGUUUUCUCUCUCUGUGAGUCCGCUGGUGUGUUCUAAGUUUUGCAUUGAAAGAGAAGCUCUUUCCGCACUCCAUACCUUUAAAUGGGUUCUUUCCUUUUUGUGUUCGUUGAUGUGAACUAUGUGUGCUCAUUCAGUGAAGCAUAUUCCACAUUUCACACAUUUUAAUGGCUAUUCCUAAUGAAAUGAAAGGUGCCCUGUCCUCUGCAAUUCUGUCUUCUCCAUCACCUUUUUCAGAGUGGGCAGAAAGGAAAUCCUGUUUGGGUUUCAAGGAAGAGAACAAAGGGAAAAAAGGACACAUCAACCGCCAUUAGCACCUUCUCUUAUUUCAACAUCUCCUACAUUCUCCCAUGUCCUACCCAUGUUCCCAGUUUUUAGGAAAUAAAAAUGGUAUGAUGUCAAAUGGUAGUAAUGAAUCAACUGCAUAGUCCCACUGACCUCAGGAGGUCCAUAUGGAACAUUUUGGGAGACCCAGGUCUACAUCUUUUCUGGGGACUGUGGUCUGGGUCAGUCAGAGAACUAGUGACAAGGCUUGGUGCUUGGGGUCAGCUGAAUGGGUGCUCAGAGAAGCUCCUGUUCUUGGAGAUGGACCUCUGUCUACAUGCCUCACAUUGCAUGGAGAGAGCAGGAGAAGCAGAAGGAAAGCACAUGGGAAUCCCAGGUGGAAACACCCACCCCAAUGGUUCUUUAUAAUGAUGAUGUGCUGCCUGAUCCUGUGCUUGUCUUCUGACAGAGGACUAUCCUAAUCUGGCACUGAAAAGCAGGAUAUUCAAGGCAAGGAGAUAACCGUACUUAAUGGUAGGUAGACAUAUUGGUCUGACACAGCUGAAGUAAAAAAGUAAUAAAAAUAGUCCAGUAGCAACUUAGGGUCUUGGGAGAAAAGUAAUGACAAACCUAGACAGCAUCUUAAAAUGCAGAGACAUCACCUUGCCAACAAAGGUCCGUAUAGUUAAAGCUAUGGAUUUCCCAGUAGUGAUGUAUGGAAGUGAGAGCUGGAGCAUAAAGAAGGCUGAUCACCGAAGAAUUGAUGCUUUUGAAUUAUGGUGCUGGAGGAGACUCUUGAGAGUCCCAUGGACUGCAAGAAGAUCAAACGUAUCCAUUCUGAAGGAAAUCAGCCCUGAGUGCUCACUGGUAGGACAGAUCCUGAAGCUGAGGCUCCAGUACUUUGGCCACCUCAUGAAAAGAGAAGACUCCCUGGAAAAGACCCUGAUGCUGGGAAAGAUUGAAGGCACAAGGAGAAGGGGACGACAGAGGACAAGAUGGUUGGACAGUGUUCUCGAAGCUACCAGCAUGAAGGAGGCAGUGGAAGACAGGAGUGCCUGGCGUGCUGUGGUCCAUGGGGUCACGAAGAGUCGAUCGCGAUUAAAUGACUAAACAACAACAACAGCAGCACCUUAGGGACCAACUAAUUUUGUUCUAGGUAUAAGCUUUUGUGUGCAUGCACACUUCUUCAUAUAGUGAUGGGUAGUGGGAGAUAGUAGUAGGAGUACCCUUCUGAGAAAAACCCCACUCCACCCUCCCACGAUAUACAAGGGUCUGGUGACAUCUGUGUCAGUGUAUCUGAAGAAGUGUGCAUGCACACAAAAGCUUAUAUCUAGAACAAUCAUAGUUGGUCUCUAAGGUCCUACUGGACUAUUUUUUAAUUUUUUAUUUCAACUGCGUCAGACCAAUACGGCUACCUACCGGCAUCUAAAUGUCAUGGGGUGGGACUUCCGGGGUGGCGCCAUCGGCAAUGGCGGACUCCCUCCGAACUGGAGGGACCAGCUCCGCAUGAAACAGGUCUUUUCCGCUGCGGCGAAGCGGGGACCCUUCUGGAAAUCACAGGCGGAUGAAGUCUGUGACCGUGGGACUCGGCGGGCACCCUUAGUGCCCCCCCAACCCGCAAAGGAACCCACAAACGGGCUCCGAAGCGAAGAGGGGGAAGUGGCGCGGUGCUGUGAGUCAAUCGCUUUCCUGCGGAGCGAAGCCGCAUAGCCGUUGCCGGAGAGCGCUGCCUUUUUCCUGGGACAAUUUGGCAUCUAAAAUAACCAACCGUGAGUACUGGAACAUUGAAUAUCUGGACUUUAAAUAAGAACUGGAGAAAGAGAAAGGAAUUUGGACUUAAAAAUUUACCCUAAUUUGGUACUGAAACGGAGAGGUUUAAACAGGAAGUCAGCGUUCCGUUUCCCUGUAGCCAGAACAAAGCAAAGACAACGCAAACUAGAGCUUUAAAAAUCACUCUUAAAGGAUUGACUUUCAUCAUUUAAAAUCGCUGAAUCCCCCUUCGGUAGCAGGAGAAGAAGGGGGAGCUUUUUUCGAGGUGUUUAAACCUGCAGAAGUGAAUCUAAAGCAAAGUAAUUUUCCACCGUCCUGAUCCUGGAGCGGGGUGUCAGAAUUGACGUUUGACGCUCACUGACCAGAAACAAAUAUCUUUGACAGAUAGUUAAAAGAAGAGAAACAUAGUGACUCCAUUGCUCCCUUUUCGCAUCUUAAAAGAACAAAUAUGAACAAAAUAUAUUAAAAAAGAAACUUUGUUGCUAUUGUUUUUAAGAGAAAGAACAAUCAGAAGUUUUUCCCCCUAGAGGGGAACUGUGAAAUUGUAACUAAUCCCUGGGAGCUUGCAGCUGUCACUGAUUACAACCGUGGGAAAGGGUUCGUGACCUUGCAGGACAAUGUCUUCAGAAGCACUGUUGGGUGCUUUCUGCAAAAUAAAUGCCCUAUUGGAUCAGUUAAGCCAGAAGACGGAUCUGAUGACUAAGGCGGCCAGAACCUUUGAACAGGUAGUGGGAAACUAUAUGGAGCCCACCCAGGAACUAAAACAGGAGCGUGCCAUGACAGACCAGCUGAGAGAUGAGGAUUCUGCUGAAUCUUGGGCGCCAGAGAAGGAAGGAGCUGCGGCCCAGCAGGAAUAUAAAUUUUUGGAUUUGACACAUGAACUUGGAAAAGACCAGACUUGGAAAGAAAAAAUUUGGUUUGGUUUGGAAAUGGGGGGGGGUGGAUAGACCCCCCUAUACAGGGAGAUUUGGACUUUUCGAGUCUGGAAAGGGGCCGUCAGAUGUCUGGAGCAGUGGGGGCUCUCAACUUUGAAGGAAAUCUGGAACAUGUUUUUAAAUACUACAUCGAGUCUAGUCUGGACUAUGGAAAAGGGACUGUUUUGUUGAAAAGGGUCAAAAACAUUACCAAGCUGGAGUUCCCACGAAUAAAAGGAAAUUAUGAAGAAGAGCGGUGGAAGGGACAUGGAAGAGACUUGAGGGCCUCGGAUAUAAGAUUGCCAGGUUAAUGUGCUAGAUUAAUAGGACGAAAAGGACUGACAAAACCCGGGACCAGGAGGAAGGGACGCUGGACGAAGAUCGGAUUGCUUAAGUUUCUAUUUCUAUCAUUAGGACUGUUUUACAAAAUUGAUGAAUGUUAGGAAAAUGUUGAAAUGAAAUUAUUUGGCUUUUAUAAAAAUGUUUAAAGAAUUAGGUAAGAAUGUUAUGGUUAGGAGAAGUUGGUAAAAAUUAAGAUUUAAGUUUUAAACUUUUUUUAUAUAUAAGAUAAGAUGAAAAUAAACUAAGGUAAUGUAAGGACAGAAUAUUAUGAAUUAUGGAAAGGAUUUGCUGUGACUAUUAUAAAUCAGGAUACAGGAAAAGGGAGGAGGAGGAGGUCAAGGAAAGAAGGUAUUGAAAGUGGAGAACUGGAGAAUGAUGGUUUUACUUUUCUUUUUCUUUUUUUUUGGUCUUGUUUCUUUUUUUGUGUAAUUUUAAAAAAUUUCUCAAUACAUAUCAUUUAAAAAAUAAUAAUAAAUGUCAUGGGGUGUUGGGGAGCAGUAGUUCCUUUGGUGGGAGACAUGUCCUGCACCUUCUGGGGUCAUUUUUCCACCCUGGGUCCCCACCCUGCACUCAGCUCUCACCUGUGGCUUCCAGAAGCUGUCAGCAUGCAACAGGGGUUCAAGCAACGGCUUCAACCGGCCGGCUAAACCAGGUGAGGAAAGCUGAUGGGUCUCAAAUCCUUGGGGGGCUGGGGAAUUCUGCUGCACCUGAAGUCAAGCCCUGGUGGAUGGAGAGGAGGAGAACAACCGUGAAUCCCACAGUCCAGAAGGCAGAUUCUGCUCGUGCGGAAGAGGAAAGUGAAGGGCAGAUGGGGCACGUCCACCUGGAGGCUUGUUAUCUAGUCCCAGGGUUACUCUGACAUUGAAUUAUAUAUAAAUUACAGUGUUGAAAUGCGCCUGCUCCCACUUCCUAUUAUGAUAUUACUCUACUCUGUUUGUCUGUUUCUUACUUGAGUGCUGUUUUGGUAUGCUAAGUCAGGGUUUUAGUGUGUUACAUUUUUGCUAUUUUUUGGCUCCUGUUAUGCUUAUCUGUCUUCAGUAAUAAAUUUCUCAGCUGAAUUAUUUUUGGCUGCCUCUGAGUGUUUUUUCCUACUCUGCUAACUAUACAUCGAUCAUUAUGGAGGAGCCAGUGGCGUAGCGUGGGGGGUACAGGGGGGGCCAGCCGCAACAUCUGGGGGGGCGCGCUCGCACUUGCAGUGCGAAAAUCCACGGGUUAGGGGGCGCAAAUUACUUGCCUUGCCCCGGGUGCUGACAACCCACGCUACGCCACUGGGAGGAGCAAGAUCUGCAACCUAAAGCCCUCAACAGCCUUGGCCCUGUGGACCUGAAGGAGCAUCUUCACCCCCAUCGCUCAGUCCGGACAGGGAGGUCCGCCUCCGAGGGUCUUCUGCUGGUUCCCUUGCUGUUAGAAGUGAAGUUCCAGGGAACCAGGCAGAGGGCCUCCUGCCCCAUGGAAUGCCCUCCCUUCCGAGGGCAAGGAGGUAGGCAACUAUCUGACAUUUAGAAGACAGCUGUAUCAGGAGGUUUUUAAUGUUGGAUGUUUUACUGUCUUGUAUAUGUACUGUAUGGAUGCGGGUGCCGUUUUGGGUUAAACCACAGAGCCUACAACCUGCCAAUUAUAAGGUCGGCAGUUCGAAUCCCCACGACGGGGUGAGCUCCCGUUGCUCAGUCCCUGCUCCUUCCAACCUAGCAGUUUGAAAUCACGUCAAAGUGCAAGUAGAUAAAUAGGUCCCGCUCCGGUGGGAAGGUAAACGGCAUUUCUGUGCGCUGCUCUGGUUCGCCAGAAGCGGCUUAGUCAUGCUGGCCACAUGACCUGGAAGUUGUACGCCGGCUCCCUCGGCCAGUAAAGCGAGAUGAGUGCCGCAACCCCAGAGUCGGCCACGACUGGACCUAAUGGUCAGGGGUCCCUUUACCUAUAUGUACUGUAAGCUGCCCAGAGCGGCUGGGGGAAAAUACUAAUACUAGAACUUCUACAGUGGUACCUUGGGUUACAGGUGCUUCAGGUUAUAGGCGCUUGAGGUUACAGACUCUGCUAACCCAGAAAUAGUACCUUGGGUUAAGAACUUUGCAUCAGGAUGAGAACAGAAAUCGUGCGGCGGCAGCAGGAGACCCCAUUACCUAAAGUGGUACCACAGGUUAAGAACAGUUUCAGCUUAAGAAUGGACCUCCAGAAUGAAUUCAGUUCUUAUCCUGAGGUACCACUGUACUAUUAUUAUUAUCGUGUGAUUUUUUGUAGUUAUUUUGGAAUUUUUACUGCAAUAUUAGCUAACGAAAUGUUAUGGGUGGAGAAAAUCACAGGGUUGCCGUAAAAAAGAAUCCUACCCACGAACGCUCAUUCACAUACAGUCUGUAAAUUUGGGGAUGUCACACACCUCACCUGUGCUAAUACUGGCAGUCUUUGGCCUGCACAGGCACACCCGGUGUGUAGAGCCUCCAGCCACAGGCACUGUCUAUCAUGAAAAUGGGUCCUUUGACUGGGAAGAUUCAUGCAGUCGCUGUCAUCGGAUGAUGAAGGAUUGUAUCUCAGCUUGUCAGUCACUCUGACAUUGCCUUCGAAGUUUAAGAGGAUCAGAAAUCCUUUUGAGGUGCAACUUCUAUAUCAGCCCUGAGAGCCAUUCCAUGGACUCUGCACCCCUGUUUCUGAUGACAGGUGUACAUUAUCCUCAUCCUCAGUGGAAAAGACAAUAAAGAUGGAAGCCUGAGAGAGAGGAAAAGGUUUCUGGCUGCUUCCUGGGUGGGAUUGCGGAAACCAAGAGCCGCUUCUGAGAAGGCCUCCCCCCUCCCCUCUUCCUCUCGGGAUUUCCUCUCCUCUCCUCUCCAGGGGACCAGUGGUUGGACUGGGCAGAAGGGCUGCGUCUGGACAGGGCAGGGGCUUAUGGGGUGGAAGGAGGAUGGAGGUUGCAGCAAGGAAGGGUGGGAGGACAGGACUCCCCACUUUCCAGUGAUCCCUCUCUGGUCGCCUUGAAGGGGGGGGGGGUCGAUUGCUGGGCGGGAGGGAGAAGCCAAGGCGGCCCCUCCGGAGAUUCAUCGUGGGCGUCAUGAUGGAGAUGUCUCCCCAAAGACUGGUCUUCCUAUCUCCCCACCCACCCGGCCAAUGCUGCGCUUCCCUGCCUCGGCGAUGCCCCCCUCCCUUCUCCCCCCAGUUCUCCCGGAGUCUCCCCUGCACCCAGAGGCUUCCUUGGCACCACUCACCCCACGUCCUGCGUCCCCAUCUCUCCAUCCGCAUGCCCCCCCUAACAGGAGCAAGGGAGGGACAGGGGGGUCUCUAUCCAGGCGUCUCUCGCGCCCCUUAAGCUUUUCAUGGGACGCGCGGAGCCUGGGAAACGGGGCGAGGGGUCCGCCCUGCGAGGAAAGCCCCCUUCGCAGCACGCGUGCCGGGAUCCAGGCCCCACGGAAGGCGCUUGGGGGAGCUGGAGGGGUCUCUGGGUCCUCGUCUCUUCCUCCCCCCCCCCCCGCGACCCCUUUACCUCUUUGUCCUCGCUCCCGAUUCUCCUUUCCUUUCCUGCAGCAUCGAAAGCCGCCCCCCCUAGACCUACGGGGCAGAGCAGCAAUCCGGAGUGGAAGCUCCACGUCCUGGAGAAGAAGGCAGGAUGGGAGGGGGCUCACACCCCCAUUCCUGGGACAGAAGAGCCGGAUUGGAGGAGGAGGAGGAAGGGGUGGGACGUUUGGGGGCGGGAUCUGGGCUUGUGGGGGCGGGGUGAGAGGAGGAGGUGCCGGGAGGGGAGGGAAAGAAUUGGGGGGAGAGGAAGGUUUCCCCCUACCGUCUUCCUUCUGGAUCAGGAGAGCGGGGGAGGGGCUGAUCCCGGAGAUCCAGCUGCAAAGAGGGGUCCCCCCCCCCAAGGGCAACAUCCUCCCCCCCCCCCACCCACGAGCUUAGAUCCCUCCGUGUUUUAGGUCUUGGUGCUGUUCAAACCAGAAAUGGAGGGGGGCAGCUAAACGACUCCCCCCAAAUCCCAGCUCCCCACCCCAGCCUCUGACUCAGGCCAGGACAAGGACCGUGGACACAGGCACCGUCCCUGCACAACAGCCAAGAGGCUCAGCAAAGCAGCCGAUACAAUUGGAGCCAGAAGCGGAUUCCAAAAUCUGAGGGAUCCCUUGGACCAGAAACAAGGAGACCAGCCAGGAAGAGCAGAGCAAAAGAGCAGCCAGUCGGCUUGGUCUUGAUUGAAGACUGUCGCCACAGGACUCCCACCUGCCCCCAGGUGGAACAAGAUGGAAGCCCCCAACAAAAGAAGACCCCAACUUUUAUUAGCUGCUAAUCCCCUGACCAAACUGCGGAGGCAGUGGAAGACAGGAGUGCCUGGCGUGCUCUGGUCCAUGGAGUCACGAAAAGUCGGACACAACUAAACAACAACAACAAAUCCCCCAUGCUACACCCCCAAGACUACAUCAUGACUACAUCAUUGACACAUCACAAAGAGGAGGGGUUGAGGGAGGAGUUGUGGUGGUAACCUGUGUGUCUUGUUGAGAGCCAGUGGGGUGUAGUGGUUAAGAGCGGUAGUCUCGUAAUCUGGGGAACCGGGUUCGUGACUCCGCUCCUCCACAUGCAGCUGCUGGGUGACCUUGGGCUAGUCACACUUCUCUGAAGUCUCUCAGCCCCACUCACCUCACAGAGUGUUUGUUGUGGGGGAGGAAGGGAAAGGAGAAUGCUAGCCGCUUUGAGAUUCCUUCGGGUAGUGAUAAAGCGGGAUAUCAAAUCCAAACUCUUCUUCUUCUUCUUCUUGUCACCUGCCCAGUUGCUCCUUUCCUCUCCCCAUGAUUACAUUCCUGAGGACAAAGAGGAGUUCAUGUGUUUCCUGCAACACAUGAAUCCCAAUCCCAAAGAAGGGCAGUGCCCAAGAAUGCUCCACCUAUCAUACAAUUGCCCUCAUUUCACACUCUAGCAAGGUUAUGCUUAAAAUACUACAAGGCAGGCUUAAGCAGUAUGUGGACCGAGAACUCCCAGAAGUGUAAGCUGGAUUUCGAAGGGGCAGAGGAACCAGAGACCAAAUUGCAAACAUGCGCUGGAUUAUGGAGAAAGCUAGAGAGUUCCAGAAAGACAUCUACUUCUGCUUCAUUGACUAUGCAAAACCAUUUGACUGGGUCAACCACAGCAAACGAUGGCAAGUUCUUAAAGAAAUGGGAGUGCCUGAUCACCUCAUCUGUCUCCUCAUCUAUGUGGGACAAGAAGCUACAGUUAGAACUGGAUAUGGAAUAACUGAUUGGUUCAAAAUUGAGAUAGGAGUGUGACAAGGCUUUAAAUUGUCUCCCUGCUUAUUUAACGUAGAUGCAGAAUUCAUCAUGCGAAAGGCUGGAAUGGAUGGAUCCUGUAAUAAAAAAUUAAGGUUGAUACGGAAGGGGGCAUGUUUGUCAACCCCCUUCCCAGAAGCCUUCAGAGGGUUUGAGGCGAUGACCUCAAGGGCGCCCGGCCCUACAAGGACCCCCCAGCCCCCUCACUCUUUUGCACUAAGCACCAGGCGAAGCCCAAGCCCCCAAAUAAAGUGCCCUUUCCCUGCGCCCUUUCCCUUUCCCUGGGUAGACCGGAGGAGCGAGGAGCGUCUUUUAUGAAUGAACAGACUAGUUGCCUACGGGAGCGUCCUGACCAAUCAGCCUGCACCCAACGCAGCCUCCAGCCAAUCAAGACAAUGCAUUUGGUCUGCAGUGUCAGCUCUUGCAGGCCUCAGUCACCUUCUGACAAGCUGUUGACAGCUCCCUGCGGGGAGAACAAUGGACUGACACCUCGUAUCCUUGCUAAGCCCAUCCAAAUUGAUACAAUCUAUCAAUUCGCUUCCCAAAUGAGCUGCCACUCUUUCAAAGGGCUAAAAAAGUAUUAAAAUUCAUAGAAAAUCACCCGCACCACCGAUUCUCUUGCUUUCAAUGCCAAACUGCUCAAUUUACUCAGGACUUCAAGACUGCCCAGUACCUUCCAUAAUCCCUCAAGCGGGAGGUCACGGUCACGUACACCCAGGAAAGACCUCAUUGAUGCCAAAUCACCCAGUCUAGCCCUUCCUCCAGGCUCGGCCGGGUCACAGACUAUGCAAACUAAGACCCCAUUGCUCUCUUAUCACCGGUAAUCAGAAUGUGCCUUUCAAUACAUGUUCCAACUCUGCAUGUUUCCCUCCCUCCUCCAUAUGUUAAUCCUGUAGAACCCACCCCUUUUCUGAUGUAAUCGUGAUGUAGCAAUGAUGUAGUGAUGAUGCUUUUGAACUGUAUCUGGGGUAAUGGUGGGAAGUUUUAAAAGUUCAUGUCACCCCAUCCUCGGGGUUCAAUCUCGCCUUGAACCUGUUGCACAACAAACGUGGAUCUUCUCCAACUUGCUGCAGUCUCUGGCUGCGCUCCUUUUGUUCUGCAGGGACCCGCGGACUCAGUCCCAUGUGCGUAUUCCAAAUCCUGAAUAUGCACGAGUUGAUCAUCUGAGAUACACAGAAUUAUGGCCGUCCUGGCUCUCACAUUCUGUGAAUUCCAAUCUGGCGUUGGUGCAGCAGGGAUGGGGUUAUCAAUCACCCCAAAAAUCCUCUGAUUCUGAAGCAGGGCUUUCAUCUUUACAGACCAUGAGGAAUAAUUGUCAUUAGUCAGUGGAGGUGGGUAAAGUAAGCCUCCCCCCUUCCUGGCAUCCAUUUUGAAUCCAAGCCUCAGCUCUCACUCUCGAGCCUGUAAAAUUCCAAGAGUCUAUUGGCUGUUUACUGCCUCACUUGGCAGCUAAACGCAGGCUGUUUUGAAAGUCCCUCCAAGAGCAGUGAGAUAAUAGACAAAACAAACGCUGUUUACCAGCCCCUCACAAUCCCAGCCCCUCUUCCGUUGUUUGCUAGUAACUUUCCACUUUACUGACGUUUCGUUCCUUAGCAACUGGACAUUCCAGGCUUAUCAAGACUCAGGUAUGCGAAAUAUGUGGCUCUCUUUCAGUGCUGGUUUCAUCCAAAAGCAGACACUCAGUGAACCGAAGAAUGCUUCAAUUCACGUUCACUCUCCCAGCCAUAAAAUCACCAUACCUUGAGGGAAUCCGUUGCUCAGCAAAAACACCUCCUCCGGUGCUCAGCCGUCCUUGUAGCUUCCAUCCGCCCGCUACCACAUUCUUUCUUUAUCUCCUUGCAGAGGAUGAAGUACGAUCCAUCAACCUCUCUUGUUGCUUUCAUGGAUCAAAACCAUCGGCUCCGUGCUACCAGAUGUUGGGAAUCAAGCCUUUAUCAGGAGAAACUGGCCACUCUCCAGGCACCCGGCUUGAUCUCCUGUUGACCUCCCUGUCUGCAUUCCCCAGCAGGAUCCAGGCAGAGGUCGCGAUAGGCGAUCCUUCUCAGAGUGAGAAGAACACCCCCCCUCUUUCCUGCCCCCCCCCCAGGCAGGGGAAAGAGAUAGACAGAAACGUAUUUACAUUCCUUUAUUUCUGUCUUUGCAGCGUUACAAAAAUCAUGACUGCUCUCUUCAAGCUCCAGCAGUCGAGAGACAAACUCCUCCUGUACUUCCUGUCCAGCUCAUAUUACACUCUCAGCUAAUUCCGGUGCCCUCUGCACUGUGAAUUGACUGUCCCUCUGUUUCCCACGGAACAGUCCCAACAUUCCCAUUAUGUUUUGCUUUCAAGCUACCAGCUCGCGGCCGCAUUGCUUCUAUAUCGUAACAGUUUGUAGUAGGUGGUCUUGGAUACGCCCCUUCUGUGAUGUAUGGAGGGGUGGUCUGGAGCUCCAGGUCAGGGAAUUUAAAAUGUCUAUAUAAGGGCUGGCACGCCUUGGUUGGGGGUCCUCCUCAGGGGAGCACCCUGUUGCAGCAGAUCAAUAAAGAUCAGGCUUACUAGCUGCUUUGCUUCUCAGUAGUCUCUGGUUGGCCUCAGUUGUUUUCUCCUACCGAUGGAGAACCUACAAGGGACUCUAUAAAGGGCUCUUGUGUCCCCCAUAAGGGAAGAAGGGCAGCUUUUGUUUACAACAGAUGGCACCCCAGAUGGAACCUUCGGUUGGCCGGAUUCUGGGGGCAAGGAAGGACUGGUGGUCCAGUGCACACCAGGCCAUUUGCCAGGAGGAGCCACCAGUCCUCUAGUGACCCCAGGGUCUGGAAAGAACUGGAGUUCCAGCGGGGCUAACCAGAGGAAGCAACGCUUGAUCAGGCCGGCCUCAAAUUGAUUUAUUUUUUAAAAUAAUCUUUUUUGAUUUAAAUUACACACAUAUACAAAGAAUUUGGAAUCUCAUACUGCAAAAAGAAAAUUAAAGAAAAACGAAGAAGAAAAAGGAAAGAAGAAAAUACAGAAAAGAAAGAAAAAGCAGAUUUAUGUGCAUGAUUAAUUAAAUAAAAAAGACUUCUGACAAAACGAGUCUUCCAAUCAUUCUCAUUGUGCUGUUUAUACUGCCGUUGUUUCUUUCGCACAGUUUUAUAUUCUUUAAUGUUGUUCCCGUCUACUCCACAAACAGUAUUUGUUGUGUUUACAAGUAUCACUCAAGUUCUGCUAAUAUGGUGUGGUUGGUACAAUAUGAUCUUAUAUAAUCCUUAAAUAUUCUCCAUUCUCCAAAUAUUUUCCGGUUCAAUACUCCUCUAACUCUUCCCAUCAGUUUUGCUAGUUGUAACUAUUCUAACAUGAGUAGAUGGCUUCUCUUGGUGAUGUCCACAAGGGUAUUUUUGGCUCAAGUAGUCCUUUAUAUUUAUUCCAGAUUUUAUAUCACGAUUUUCUUAUCACAUGGCUCAAAAAUCCCCUGUGGACCUUCACUUUUUUGUAUAUUAAAGAAGCGGGAGAACGGGAGAAUUGGGGUUCUGCAAUUAGAGAGACAAUGAACUGCAAGGGGAGAACCCCAAUCAAAACUCUCAUUCCCUGUUGGGGAACCUGAGAUCUGAAACUUUUCCUUUUCCCCAAGGAAGACGCCCCCAAGGCUGGUCCAAUUGGCCACUUUGGAUAGCAAGGGACUUGGGCUCGGUUUCCGAUUUCUCUUUUUCUCGUAAAUGCAGCUGCACCGGCAGCACCAGGAUCCGGAAGGAAGAGACUGGUGCGCGUCAGAGCGCAAGGGCGCUUCCAGUUCCUUUCCGUUCUCUCUGGAGCAGCCGGAUUUGGCACUGGGCUGCCAGGCGUCCAAUGGAAAGGGACUCUUUUCCCUAGAGUGUAAGAGGCAGAAAAGGGUGCUGGGACCCCAUGGUAAAUAAAGGGAGGGGACCUUCGUAGAGAAGACGAACGACUGUCAGGUCAGGAAAGACCUGGGAAAAGGCUAGCGGGUUUUUGUUUCUGUUUUGGCUUUGGUUGAAAAAUGGGAUCCCCACAUUCUAAGCGUUCUAACCGCCACACUCAGAGGCAUGUGCUGGUCGCAGCAGGAGGGGAGUCUCCCUGGAUGCUUCAGCAGCCGGCCUCCUCUGGGUCUCCUGGCCCCCUCCUCUCCUCCCUCCGAGCCUGAACUGCUCUCUGCCCCAGACUCUUCCCGCUCACCUAACCCAGUUUCCUCCUCAGCUUGCAACAUCUCCCCUUCCGGUCUGCUCCCUUUUCUCCCUCUUUCACCUCAUCCCAUCACCAGUCAACAGGAUCUGAGCCUUCUUGCCUUGUGGGUCCCCAGCUUGUGCCUCCCCCCCCCCACCAGCCAGUCCUUGACAACAACAGCAGCCACAGCACUGUGGUCCUCUGGUAGGAAAACUCCUGAGAAGCAUGAUUGAAGCAAACCUUCUGGGACUAUGGAAAAAUGCUAUCUUCCUCAAACCCCAGAAUGAGCAGGUGCUCUGGGGUUGCCCCAUGGGGUUCAUGAGUGAAGAUGGGCCCCCCAGGAGACUUCCCUGCUACCUGCAGCCCCUCCUUCCCCCUCUUGAAAUUAGACUUGGGGGGGGGGGAAUCUCCCAUUCAAUUACAGUAUUUCAAGUUUUCUUCAGAACGCGCAGGGCAGGAGGCAGCGAUGAAGUUCUGGUGAAGAAGCAGUGCUUGGAGAUCAUGUGGUGGUGGGGGGGUGAGAGAGUUUGGUACAAAACCAAACGUACUUUCAUCUAAAAUUAUACUCACCAUUGUGAGAUGCUGCCUUCAUUAUUUGAUUAUUAUAAUGUUUUACAUAUAAACACCAGAACUUCACAUAUCCCUGAUGCUUUUAGGAAUGAUUUCCUGCUGAGUUCAUUGCUCAGAGUGGACUCUGAGAGGAAGAAGUCCCACACUCCAUACAUCUAAAUGGGUUCUCCCAUGUGAGAGUCCUGGGAUGCUCCUUAAAUACUCCGUUAUAAAUAAAGCACUUCUUGCAAUCUUUUCAUUUAAACUGCUUCUCCUCUCUGAGUUUGUUGAUGGUUUGAAGGGUUUCAACUCUUAAAGUUCUUCCUGUCCGUGAGUCUGUUGAUUUUGAACUUCCACUAAGAGUGAACCUCUAUCUACUUUCCUGAUAUUUAUACGGUUUGUCUUUAGUGUGAGUUUCUGACAUAAAUCAAGGGUUCCACUCUGACUGAAGCUCCUUCCGCAGUCCAUACCUUUAAAUGGUUUCUCCCCUGUGUAUCUACUGAUGUUUUCUAAGAUUUCCACUCUGAGUGAAGUAUUUACUGUACUCCAUACAUUGAAAUGGUUUCUCCCCUGUGUGAGUCUGUUGAUGUCUUCUAAGGCUUCCACUAUAACUGAAGCGCUUUCCACACUCCAUACAUUUAAAUGGUUUCUCUCCUGUAUGAGUCCGUUGAUGUGAUCUAAGGUGUGCACUCCGAUUGAAGCUCUUUCCACAAUCCAUACAUUUAAAUCGUUUCAUACCGAUGUGAACCUGUUAAUGUGAUCUAAGGUCUCCACUCUGACUGAAGCUCUUUCCACACUCGAUACAUUUAAAUGGUUUCUCCCCUGUGUGAGUCCGUUCAUGAUUUCUAAGGUUUCCACUCUGAUUGAAGCUCUUUCCACACUCGAUACAUUUAAGUGGUUUCUCCCCUGUGUGAGUCCGUUCAUGUCUUCUAAGGUGUGCACUCUGACUGAAGCUCUUUCCACACUCGAUACAUUUAUAUGGUUUCUCCCCUGUAUGAGUCCGUUGAUGUGAUCUAAGGCUUGUAUUACAACGGAAGCUCUUUCCACACUCGAUACAUUUAAAUGGUUUCUCCCCUGUGUGAGUCCGUUGAUGUGUUCUAAGGUGUGCACUCUGACUGAAGCUCUUUCCACACUCGAUACAUUUAAAUCGUUCCAUACCGAUGUGAGCCUGUUGAUGUGAUCUAAGGUCUCCACUCUGACUGAAGCUCUUUCCACACUCGAUACAUUUAAAUGGUUUCUCCCCUGUGUGAGUCCGUUCAUGAUUUCUAAGGUUUCCACUCUGAUUGAAGCUCUUUCCACACUCGAUACAUUUAAGUGGUUUCUCCUCUGUGUGAGUCCGUUCAUGUCUUCUAAGGUGUGCACUCUGACUGAAGCUCUUUCCACACUCGAUACAUUUAUAUGGUUUCUCCCCUGUAUGAGUCCGUUGAUGUGAUCUAAGGCUUGUAUUACAACGGAAGCUCUUUCCACACUCGAUACAUUUAAAUGGUUUCUCCCCUGUGUGAGUCCGUUGAUGUGAUCUAAGGUGUGCACUCCGAUUGAAGCUCUUUCCACAAUCCAUACAUUUAAAUCGUUCCAUACCGAUGUGAGCCUGUUGAUGUGAUCUAAGGUCUCCACUCUGACUGAAGCUCUUUCCACACUCGAUACAUUUAAAUGGUUUCUCCCCUGUGUGAGUCCGUUCAUGAUUUCUAAGGUUUCCACUCUGAUUGAAGCUCUUUCCACACUCGAUACAUUUAAGUGGUUUCUCCUCUGUGUGAGUCCGUUCAUGUCUUCUAAGGUGUGCACUCUGACUGAAGCUCUUUCCACACUCGAUACAUUUAUAUGGUUUCUCCCCUGUAUGAGUCCGUUGAUGUGAUCUAAGGCUUGUAUUACAACGGAAGCUCUUUCCACACUCGAUACAUUUAAAUGGUUUCUCCCCUGUGUGAGUCCGUUCAUGUCUUCUAAGGCUUCCACUAUCACUAAAGCUCUUUCCACACUCAAUACAUUCAUAUGGUUUCUCCCCUGUGUGAGUCCGUUGAUGUGUCCUAAGGUUUCCACUAUUAUUAAAGUUCUUUCCACACUCAAUACAUGUAUAUGGUUUCUCCCCUGUGUGAGUCUGUUUGUGCAAUUUAAGGUUUCCACUCUGACUGAAAUUCUUCCCACACUCCCUGCACUUAAAACGUUUUCUCUCUCUGUGAGUCCGCUGGUGUGUUUUAAGUUUUGCAUUGAAAGAGAAGCUCUUUCCGCACUCCAUACCUUUAAAUGGGUUCUUUCCUUUUUGUGUUCGUUGAUGUGAACUAUGUGUGCUCGUUCAGUGAAGCAUAUUCCACAUUUCACACAUUUUAAUGGCCAAUCCUAAUGAAAUGAAAGGUGCCCUGUCCUCUGCAAUUCUGUCUUCUCCAUCACCUUUUUCAGAGUGGGCAGAAAGGAAAUCCUGUUUGGGUUUAAAGAAAGAGAACACAGGAAAAAAAGGACACAUCAACCGCCAUUAGCACCUUCUCUUAUUUCAACAUCUCCUACAUUCUCCCAUGUCCUACCCAUGUUCCCAAUUUUUAGGAAAUCAAAAUGGUAUGAUGUCAAAUGGUAGUAAUGUAUCAGCAACCUUUCAUAAUCCUCAAUCAUCUUUAAUAACACAGCAUGAUCUUGGAAUACUGUUGUCCUGUGGAACUGCCUUUCAAAUCAAGUGGUUGCCCCCAUUUCCACCUCUAGAUCUUCAUGAAUCAACUGCAUAGUCCCACUGACCUCAGGAGGUCUAUAUGGACCAUUUUGGGAGACCCAGGUCUACAUCUUUUCUGGGGACUGUGGUCUGGGUCAGUCAGAGAACUAGUGACAAGGCUUGGUGCUUGGGGUCAGCUGAAUGGGUGCUCAGGGAAGCUCCUGUUCUGGGAGAUGGACCUCUGUCUACAUGCCUCACAUUGCAGGGAGAGAGCAGGAGAAGCAGAAGGAAAGCAGAUGGCAAAUGGGAAUCCCAGAUGGAAACACCCACCCCAAUGGUUCCUUAUAAUGAUGAUGUGCUGCCUGAUCCUGUGCUUGUCUUCUGACAGAGGACUAUCCUAAUCUGGCACUGAAAAGCAGGAUAUUCAAGGCAAGGAGAUAACUGUACUUAAUGGUAGGUAGCCAUAUUGGUCUGACACAGUUCAAGUAAAAAAGUAACAAAAAUAGUCCAGUAGCACCUUAGGGUCAUGGGAGAAAAGCAAUGACAAACCUAGACAGCAUCUUAAAAUGCAGAGACAUUUUAAGGUCUCUGCCAACAAAGGUCCGUAUAGUUCAAGCUAUGGUUUUCCCAGUCGUGAUCUAUGGAAGUGAGAGCUGGACCAUAAAGAAGGCUGAACGCCGAAGAAUGGAUGCUUUUGAAUUAUGGUGCUGGAGGAGACUCUUGAGAGUCCCAUGGACUGCAAGAAGAUCAAACCUCUAGAUUCUGAAGGAAAUCAGCCCUGAGUGCUCACUGGAAGGACAGAUCCUGAAGCUGAGGCUCCAAGACUUUGGCCACCUCAAGAGAAGAGAAGACUCCCCAAGAAAGACCCUGAUGUUGGGAAAGAUGGAGGGCACAAGGAGAAGGGGACGACAGAGGACGAGAUGGUUGGAUAGUGUUCUCGAAGCUACCAGCAUGAGUUUGACCAAACUGCGGGAGGAAGUGGAAGACAGGAGUGCCUGGCAUGCUCUGGUCAAGGGGGUCACGAAGCGUCGGACACGACUAAUCGACUAAACAACAACAACAACAGCACCUUAGGGACCAAUUAAGUUUGUUCAAGGUCUAAGCUUUCGUGUGCAUGCACACUUCUUCAUAUAGUGAUGGGUAGUAGGAGAUGGAAGUAGGAGUACCCUUCUGAGAAAAAUCCCACCCCACCCUCCCACGAUAUACAAGGGUCUGGUGACAUCUGUUUCAGUGUAUCUGAAGAAGUGUGCAUGCACACGAAAGCUUAUAUCUAGAACAAUCAUAGGUGCUACUGGACUAUUUUUUAUUUCAACUGCGUCAAACCAACACGGCUACCUACCUGCAUCUAGAUGUCAUGGGGUGUUGGGGAGCAGUAGUUCCUUUGGUGGGGGACAUGUCCUGCACCUUCUGGGGUCAUUUUUCCACCCUUGGUGCCCACCCUGCACUCAGCUCUCACCUGUGGCUUCCAUGCAACAGGGGUUCAAGCAACGGCUUCAACCGGCCGGCUAAACCAGGUGAGGAAAGCUGAUGGGUCUCAAAUCCUUGGGGGGCUGGGGAAUUCUGCUGCACCUGAAGUCAAGCCCUGGUGGAUGGAGAGGAGGAGAACAACCGUGAAUCCCACAGUCCAGAAGGCAGAUUCUGCCCGUGCGGAAGAGGAAAGUGAAGGGCAGAUGGGGCACGUCCACCUGGAGGCUUGUUAUCUAGUCCCAGGGUUACUCUGACCUUGAACUAUAUAUAAAUUACAGUAUUGAAAUGCACCCGCUCCCACUUCCUAUUCUGAUAUUACUGUACUCUGCUUGUCUGUUUCUUACUUGAGUGCUGUUUUGGUUUGCUAAGUCAGGGUUUUACUGUGAGUUACAUUUUUGCUAUUUUUUGGAUCCUGUUAUGCUUACUGUAUUCAGUAAUAAAUUUCUCAGCUGAAUUACUUUUUUCCUGACCCUGUGUGUUUUCCUACUCUGCUAACUAUACAUCGAUCAUUAUGGAGGAGCCAGUGGCGUAGCGUGGGGGGUACAGGGGGGGCCAGCCGCAACAUCUGGGGGGGGCGCGCUCGCACUCGCAGUGCGAAAAUCCACGGGUUAGGGGGCGCAAAUUACUUGCCUUGCCCCGGGUGCUGACAACCCACGCUACGCCACUGGGAGGAGCAAGAUCUGCAACCUAAAGCCCUCAACAGCCUUGGCCCUGUGGACCUGAAGGAGCAUCUUCACCCCCAUCGCUCAGUCCGGACAGGGAGGUCCGCCUCCGAGGGUCUUCUGCUGGUUCCCUUGCUGUUAGAAGUGAAGUUCCAGGGAACCAGGCAGAGGGCCUCCUGCCCCAUGGAAUGCCCUCCCUUCCGAGGGCAAGGAGGUAAGCAACUAUCUGACAUUUAGAAGACAGCUGUAUCAGGAGGUUUUUAAUGUUGGAUGUUUUACUGUCUUGUAUAUGUACUGUAGGGACGCUGGUGUCGUUGUGGGUUAAACCAUAGAGCCUAGGACUUCCUGAUCAGAAGGUUGGCGGUUCGAAUCCCCGCGACGGGGUGAGCUCCCAUUGCUCAGUCCCUGCUCCUGCCAACCUAGCAGUUCGAAAGCACAUCAAAGUGCAAGUAGAUAAAUAGGUACUACUCCGGUGGGAAGGUAAACGGCAUUUCCGUGCGCUGCUCUGGUUUGCCAGAAGCAGCUUAGUCAUGCUGGUCACAUGACCCGGAAGCUGUACGCUGGUUCCCUCGGCCAGUGAAGUGAGAUGAGCGCCGCAACCCCAGAGUCGGCCACGACUGGAUCUAAUGGUCAGGGGUCCCUUUACCUAUAUGUACUGUAAGCUGCCCAGAGCGGCUGGGGGAAAAUACUAAUACUAGAACUUCUACAGUGGUACCUUGGGUUACAGGUGCUUCAGGUUACAGACUCUGCUAACCCAGAAAUAGUACCUUGGGUUAAGAACUUUGCAUUAGGACGAGAACAGAAAUCACGAGGCGGCAGCAGGAGGCCCCAUUAGCUAAAGUGGUACCUCAUUUUAAGAACAGUUUCAGGUUAAGAACGGACCUCCAGAACGAAUUCAGUUCUUAACCUGAGGUACCACUGUAAUAUUAUUAUUAUCGUGUGAUUUUUUGUAGUUAUUUUGGAAUUUUUACUGCAAUAUUAGCUGACGAAAUGCUAUGGGUGGAGAAAAUCACAGGGUUGCCGUAAAAAAGAAUCCUACCCACGAACGCUCAUUCACAUACAGUCUGUAAAUCUGGGGAUGUCACACACCUCACCUGUGCUAAUACUGGCAGUCUUUGGCCUGCACAGGCACACCCGGUGUGUAGAGCCUCCAGCCACAGGCACUGUCUAUCAUGAAAAUGGGUCCUUUGACUGGGAAGAUUCAUGCAGUCGCUGUCAUCGGAUGAUGAAGGAUUGUAUCUCAGCUUGUCAGUCACUCUGACAUUGCCUUCGAAGUUUAAGAGGAUCAGAAAUCCUUUUGAGGUGCAACUUCUAUAUCAGCCCUGAGAGCCAUUCCAUGGACUCUGCACCCCUGUUUCUGAUGACAGGUGUACAUUAUCCUCAUCCUCAGCGGAAAAGACAAUAAAGAUGGAAGCCUGAGAGAGAGGAAAAGGUUUCUGGCUGCUUCCUGGGUGGGAUUGCGGAAACCAAGAGCCGCUUCUGAGAAGGCCUCCCCCCUCCCCCCUUCCUCUCGGGAUUUCCUCUCCUCUCCAGGGGACCAAUGGUUGGACUGGGCAGAAGGGCUGCGUCUGGACAGGGCAGGGGCUUAUGGGGUGGAAGGAGGAUGGAGGUUGCAGGAAGGAAGGCGUGGGGGGACAGGACCCCCACUUUCCAGGGAUCCCUCUCUGGUCGCCUUGAAGGGGGGGGGGUCGAUUGCUGGGCGGGAGGGAGAAGCCAAGGCGGCCCCUCCGGAGAUUCAUCGUGGGCGUCAUGAUGGAGAUGUCUCCCCAAAGACUGGUCUUCCUAUCUCCCCACCCACCCGGCCAAUGCUGCGCUUCCCUGCCUCGGCGAUGCCCCCCUCCCUUCUCCCCCACUUCCAUGACCCCUCUCUUUCUCCCGGAGUCUCCCCUGCACCCAGAGGCUUCCUUGGCACCACUCACCCCACGUCCUGCGUCCCCAUCUCUCCAUCCGCAUGCCCCCCCUAACAGGAGCAAGGGAGGGACAGGGGGGUCUCUAUCCAGGCGUCUCUCGCGCCCCUUAAGCUUUUCAUGGGACGCGCGGAGCCUGGGAAACGGGGCGAGGGGUCCGCCCUGCGAGGAAAGCCCCCCUUCGCAGCACGCGUGCCGGGAUCCAGGCCCCACGGAAGGCGCUUGGGGGAGCUGGAGGGGUCUCUGGGUCCUCGUCUCUUCCUCCCCCCCCCCGACCCCUUUACCUCUAUGUCCUCGCUCCCGAUUCUCCUUUCCUUUCCUGCAGCAUCGAAAGCCGCCCCCCCUAGAUCUACGGGGCAGAGCAGCAAUCCGGAGUGGAAGCUCCACGUCCUGGAGAAGAAGGCAGGGUGGGAGGGGGCUCACCCCCCCAUUCCUGGGACAGAAGAGCCGGAUUGGAGGAGGAGGAGGAAGGGGUGGGACGUUUGGGGGCGGGAUCUGGGCUUGUGGGGGCGGGGUGAGAGGAGGAUGUGCCGGGAGGGGAGGGAAAGAAUUGGGGGGGGGGAGAGGAAGGUUUCCCCCUCCCCUCUUCCUUCUGGAUCAGGAGAGCGGGGGAGGGGCUGAUCCCGGAGAUCCAGCUGCAAAGAGGGGUCCCCCCCACAAGUGCAACAUCCUCCCCCACCCCACCCCACGAGCUUAGAUCCCUCCGUGUUUUAGGUCUUGGUGCUGUUCAAACCAGAAAUGGAGGGGGGCAGCUAAACGACUCCCCCCAAAUCCCAGCUCCCCACCCCAGCCUCUGACUCAGGCCAGGACAAGGACCGUGGACACAGGCACCGUCCCUGCACAACAGCCAAGAGGCUCAGCAAAGCAGCCGAUACAAUUGGAGCCAGAAGCGGAUUCCAAAAUCUGAGGGCUCCCUUGGACCAGAAACAAGGAGACCAGCCAGGAAGAGCAGAGCAAAAGAGCAGCCAGUCAGCUUGGUCUUGAUUGAAGACUGUUGCCACAGGACUCCCACCUGCCCCCAGGUGGAACAAGAUGGAAGCCCCCUGACCAAACUUCGGAGGCAGUGGAAGACAGGAUUGCCUGGCGUGCUCUGGUCCAUGGAGUCACGAAAAGUCGGACACAACUAAACAACCACAAAAAAUCCCCCAUGCUACACCCCCAAGACUACAUCAUGACUACAUCAUUGACACAUCACAAAGAGGAGGGGUUGAGGGAGGAGUUGUGGUGGUAACCUGAGUGUCUUGUUGAGAGCCAGUGGGGUGUAGUGGUUAAGAGCGGUGGACUCGUAAUCUGGGGAACCGGGUUCGCGUCUUCGCUCCUCCACAUGCAGCUGUUGGGUGACCUUGGGCUAGUCACACUUCUCUGUGGUCUCUCAGCCCCACUCACCUCACAGAGUGUUUGUUGUGGGGGAGGAAGGGAAAGGAGAUUAUUAGCCGCAUUGAGACUCCUUCGGGUAGUGAUAAAGCGGGAUAUGAAAUCCAAACUCUUCUUCUUCUUCUUGUCACCUGCCCAGUUGCUCCUUUCCUCUCCCCAUGAUCAUAUUCCUGAGGACAAAGCGGAGUUCAUGUGUUUCCUGCAACACAUGAAUCCCAAUCCCAAAGAAGGGCAGUGCCCAAGAAUGCUCCACCUAUCAUACAAUUGCCCUCAUUUCACACUCUAGCAAGGUUAUGCUUAAAAUACUACAAGGCAGGCUUAAGCAGUAUGUGGACCGAGAACUCCCAGAAGUGUAAGCUGGAUUUCGAAGGGGCAGAGGAACCAGAGACCAAAUUGCAAACAUGCGCUGGAUUAUGGAGAAAGCUAGAGAGUUCCAGAAAGACAUCUACUUCUGCUUCAUUGACUAUGCAAAACCAUUUGACUGGGUCAACCACAGCAAACGAUGGCAAGUUCUUAAAGAAAUGGGAGUGCCUGAUCACCUCAUCUGUCUCCUGACAUCUAUGUGGGACAAGAAGCUACAGUUAGAACUGGAUAUGGAAUAACUGAUUGGUUCAAAAUUGAGAUAGGAGUGUGACAAGGCUUUAAAUUGUCUCCCUGCUUAUUUAACGUAGAUGCAGAAUUCAUCAUGCGAAAGGCUGGAAUGGAUGGAUCCUGUAAUAAAAAAAUUAAGGUUGAUACGGAAGGGGGCAUGUUUGUCAACCCCCUUCCCAGAAGCCUUCAGAGGGUUUGAGGCGAUGACCUCAAGGGCGCCCGGCCCUACAAGGACCCCCCAGCCCCCUCACUCUUUUGCACUAAGCACCAGGCGAAGCCCAAGCCCCCAAAUAAAGUGCCCUUUCCCUGCGCCCUUUCCCUUUCCCUGGGUAGACCGGAGGAGCGAGUAGCGUAUUUUAUGAAUGAACAGACUAGUUGCCUACGGGAGCGUCCUGACCAAUCAGCCUGCACCCAACGCAGCCUCCAGCCAAUCAAGACAAUGCAUUUGGUCUGCAGUGUCAGCUCUUGCAGGCCUCAGUCACCUUCUGACAAGCUGUUGACAGCUCCCUGCAGGGAGAACAAUGGACUGACACCUCGUAUCCUUGCUAAGCCCAUCCAAAUUGAUACAAUCUAUCAAUUCGCUUCCCAAAUGAGCUGCCACUCUUUCAAAGGGCUAAAAAAGUAUUAAAAUUCAUAGAAAAUCACCCGCACCACCGAUUCUCUUGCUUUCAAUGCCAAACUGCUCAAUUUACUCAGGACUUCAAGACUGCCCAGUACCUUCCAUAAUCCCUCAAGCGGGAGGUCACAGUUACGUACACCCAGGAAAGACCUCAUUGAUGCCAAAUCACCCAGUCUAGCCCUUCCUCCAGGCUCGGCCGGGUCACAGACUAUGCAAACUAAGACCCCAUUGCUCUCUUAUCACCGGUAAUCAGAAUGUGCCUUUCAAUACAUGUUUCAACUCUGCAUGUUUCCCCCUCCCUCCUCCAUAUGUUAAUCCUGUAGAACCCACCCCUUUUCUGAUGUAAUCGUGAUGUAGCAAUGAUGUAGUGAUGAUGCUUUUGAACUGUAUCUGGGGUAAUGGUGGGAAGUUUUAAAAGUUCAUGUCACCCCAUCCUCGGGGUUCAAUCUCGCCUUGAACCUGUUGCACAACAAACGUGGAUCUUCUCCAACUUGCUGCAGUCUCUGGCUGCGCUCCUUUUGUUCUGCAGGGACCCGCGGACUCAGUCCGACGAGCUAGGUGGCAGAGCAGCCUCGCACCUAGAUUUUCCGUAACAAGGUCUUAUAAUAUACAAUAAAUGUUCAUAAAUGUACCAACCAAGCGCAUACAUAGAUAUGUGGACCACAUGUCUGGAGCAGCACAGGAAGAGCGUCCUGAAACCAUUUAGACUCCCCAACUGACCAAAUGUUUUCUCUGCAAGGAGGGAGCGGGUGAGGGAACCUUCCCAUUGUCUCAGGAAUUGGGAAAUCACCAUCUCAAAGGAAUGGCCAGACUACCAGGAAAGGCAAUCAGAUAAGGCAUUAUCAGAUAACCUGGCAGACGGGAAAAACAACAACAUUCAAAUUUCUGUUGUAGACCGCCUUUUCUGUGAUGUAGGUAUGUUGGGAAUCAAGCCUUUAUCAGGAGAAACUGGCCACUCUCCAGGCACCCGGCUUGAUCUCCUGUUGACCUCCCUGUCUGCAUUCCCCAGCAGGAUCCAGGCAGAGGUCGCGAUAGGCGAUCCUUCUCAGAGUGAGAAGAACACCCCCCCUCUUUCCUGCCCCCCCCAGGCAGGGGAAAGAGAUAGACAGCAACGUAUUUACAUGCCUUUAUUUCUGUCUUUGCAGCGUUACAAAAAUCAUGACUGCUCUCUUCAAGCUCCAGCAGUCGAGAGACAAACUCCUCCUGUACUUCCUGUACAGCUCAUAUUACACUCUCAGCUAAUUCCGGUGCCCUCUGCACUGUGAAUUGACUGUCCCUCUGUUUCCCACGGAACAGUCCCAACAUUCCCAUUAUGUUUUGCUUUCAAGCUACCAGCUCGCGGCCGCAUUGCUUCUAUAUCGUAACAUACUCCCCCAUAUGAAUCAAUGUGCGCUGCGAGCAAAGCGUGAUCCAGAGAAGAAAACAAAUAGUUGUUAUAUAUAUAACACUCGCCUGUUGUUUCAGUUCCACCCUUGGAACUACCCGCCACUGGUUUCCCCAGUGUACCUCUCUGGUUGUCUGACUUCCAAGGAAUGAGUGCAUCUGCAUUACCUUGGCUAGGGAAUGUAGUGUUACGCUUAGCAACUCUCUGUUGUGUCUUUGUCUCUGACUUAGACACAGCUUCAACCUGUAGUCCAAAAACAGGUGGAGGCCCAAGGUUGGGAAAUGCUGCUCUAGUGACCCCAGGGUCUGGAAAGAACUGGAGUUCCAGCGAGGCUAACCAGAGGAAGCAACGCUUGAUCAGGCCGGCCUCAAAUUGAUUUAUUUUUUUAAAUAAUCUUUUUUGAUUUAAAUUACACACAUAUACAAAGAAUUUGGAAUCUCAUACUGCAAAAAUAAAAUUAAAGAAAAAACGAGGAAGAAAAAAGGAAAGAAGAAAAUACAGAAAAGAAAGAAAAAGCAGAUUUAUGUGCAUGAUUAAUUAAAUAAAAAAGACUUCUGACAAAACGAGUCUUCCAAUCAUUCUCAUUGUGCUGUUUAUACUGCCGUUGUUUCUUUCGCACAGUUUUAUAUUCUUUAAUAUUGUUCCCGUCUACUCCACAAACAGUAUUUGUUGUGUUUACAAGUAUCACUCAUGUUCUGCUAAUAUGGUGUGGUUGGUACAAUAUGAUCUUAUAUAAUCCUUAAAUAUUCUCCAUUCUCCAAAUAUUUUCCGGUUCAGUACUCCUCUAACUCUUCCCGUCAGUUUUGCUAGUUGUAACUAUUCUAACAUGAGUAUAUGGCUUCUCUUGGUGAUGUCCACAAGGGUAUUUUUGGCUCAAGUAGUCCUUUAUAUUUAUUCCAGAUUUUAUAUCACGAUUUUCUUAUCACAUGGCUCAAAAAUCCCCUGUGGACCUUCACUUUUGGUAUAUUAAAGAAGCGUGCCAUCCAGACCGAUUCUUGUGGCCUUCCAAGUCUAAUAUGUCCGUAUCUUUUAGUGUAAUCCUGUCUUUUAUCCAAACCAAUCCUGCCACCGCAUGGUAGAAUUCCAAAUCUGGCAAUGCAAAACCUCCUCUCUCCUUUUGAUCUGUUAAUAACUGGUGUUUAAUUCUCGGUUUCUUUCCACUCCAUAUAAAUCGAGAUAUUUCCCUUUGCCACUCCUUAAAACAAUUCAUUCCUCCUAAAAUGAGCAUUGUUUGGAAUAAGAACAUCAUUUUGGGGAGGAUAUUCAUUUUCACAACCGAGACUCUUCCCCAGAGUGAGAGAUGGAGUUUGGUCCAGGUUUCCAUAUUUUUAAAAAGUUCUUUCCAUACUUUACUAUAAUUAUCCUCAUAUACAUUUAUACUUUUAUUUGAAAUCCAGAUCCCUAGGUAUUUAACCUUAUUUUUUAGUUUCCAGGCCUGUUUUUUCUUGAAGUUCUUUUUUUUCUUACAUUGUGAGGCUUUUGUCAGUAAUUUAGUUUUUUGGUAGUUUAUUUGCAGCCCCAGGCUGGCCAUGAAUUAAUCUAGUAAAAGACCCCGGGGUGGCCAGGAGCAGCGCAUGCGGACGUGAGUCUAGGAAUGGAGAAGAUUGUGGGCGGGAUUCUCUGAAACACCCAGCAACCAAGAUUCUCAUCCUUGGCUGUCUCUUCUGCUUACGGUCUUCACUCCCAGCCUUCCUGGAAAGAGGUAGCUAGGAGGCGAAGGGGAGAACGGGAGAAUUGGGGUUCUGCAAUUAGAGCGGCAAUGAACUGCAAGGGGAGAACCCCAAUCAAAACUCUCAUUCCCUGUCGGGGAACCUGAGAUCUGAAACUUUUCCUUUUCCCCAAGGAAGACGCCCCAAGGCUGGUCCAAGUGGCCACUUUGGAUAGCAAGGGACUUGGGCUCGGUUUCCGAUUUCUCUUUUUCUCGUAAAUGCAGCUGCACCGGCAGCACCAGGAUCCGGAAGGAAGUGACUGGUGCGCGUCAGAGCGCAAGAGCAUUUCCAGUUCCUUUCCGUUCUCUCUGGAGCAGCCGGAUUUGGCACUGGGCUGCCAGGCGUCCAAUGGAAAGGGACUCUUUUCCCUAGAGGCAGAAAAGGUUGCUGGGACCCCAUGGUAAAUAAAGGGAGGGAGAAGGACUUUGUAGAGACCUUCGUAGAGAAGACAAAUGACUGUCAGGUCAGGAAAGACCUGGGAAAAGGCUAGCGGGUUUUUGUUUCUGUUUUGGCUUUGGUUGAAAAAUGGGAUCCCCACAUUCUAAGCGUUCUAACCGCCACACUCAGAGGCAUAUGCUGGUCGCAGCAGGAGGGGGGUCUCCCUGGAUGCUUCAGCAGCCGGCCUCCUCUGGGUCUCCUGGCCCCCUCCUCUCCUCCCUCCGAGCCUGAACUGCUCUCUGCCCCAGACUCUUCCCGCUCACCUAACCCAGUUUCCUCCUCAGCUUGCAACAUCUCCCCUUCCGGUCUGCUCCCUUUUCUCCCUCUUUCGCCUCAUCCCAUCACCAGUCAACAGGAUCUGAGCCUUCUUGCCUUGUGGGUCCCCCAGCUUGUGCCUCCCCCUCACCAGCCAGUCCUUGACAACAACAGCAGCCACAGCACUGUGGUCCUCUGGUAGGAAAACUCCUGAGAAGCAUGAUUGAAGCAAACCUUCUGGGACUAUGGAAAAAUGCUAUCUUCCUCAAACCCCAGAAUGAGCAGGUGCUCUGGGGUUGCCCCAUGGGGUUCAUGAGUGAAGAUGGGCCCCCCAGGAGACUUCCCUGCUACCUGCAGCCCCUCCUUCCCCCUCUUGAAAUUAGACUUGGGGGGGGGAAUCUCCCAUUCAAUUACAGUAUUUCAAGCUUUCUUCAGAACGCGCAGGGCAGGAGGCAGCGAUGAAGUUCUGGUGAAGAAGCAGUGCUUGGAGAUCAUGUGGUGGUGGUGGGGGGUGAGAGAGUUUGGUACAAAAACCAAAAGUACUUUCAUCUAAAAUUAUACUCACCAUUGUGAGAUGCUGCCUUCAUUAUUUGAUUAUUAUAAUGUUUUACAUAUAAACACCAGAACUUCACAUAUCCCUGAUGCUUUUAGGAAUGAUUUCCUGCUGAGUUCAUUGCUCAGAGUGGACUCUGAGAGGAAGAAGUCCCACACUCCAUACAUCUAAAUGGGUUCUCCCAUGUGAGAGUCCUGGGAUGCUCCUUAAAUACUCCGUUAUAAAUAAAGCACUUCUUGCAAUCUUUUCAUUUAAACUGCUUCUCCUCUCUGAGUUUGUUGAUGGUUUGAAGGGUUUCAACUCUUAAAGUUCUUCCUGUCCGUGAGUCUGUUGAUUUUGAACUUCCACUAAGAGUGAACCUCUAUCUACUUUCCUGAUACUUAUACGGUUUGUCUUUUGUGUGAGUUUCUGACAUAAAUCAAGGGUUCCACUCUGACUGAAGCUCCUUCCACAGUCCAUACCUUUAAAUGGUUUAUCCCCUGUGUAUCUACUGAUGUUUUCUAAGAUUUCCACUCUGAGUGAAGUAUUUACUGUACUCCAUACAUUGAAAUGGUUUCUCCCCUCUGUGAGUCUGUUGAUGUCUUCUAAGGCUUCCACUAUAACUGAAGCGUUUUCCACACUCGAUACAUUUAAAUGGUUUCUCCCCUGUGUGAGUCUGUUGAUGUGAUCUAAGGCUUGUAUUAUAACGGAAACUCUUUCCACACUCGAUACAUUUAUGUGGUUUCUCCCCUGUGUGAGUCUGUUGAUGUCUUCUAAGGCUUCCACUCUGACUGAAGCGCUUUCCACACUCCAUACAUUUAAAUGGUUUCUCUCCUGUAUGAGUCCGUUGAUGUGAUCUAAGGCUUGUAUUACAACGGAAACUCUUUCCACACUCGAUACAUUUAAAUGGUUUCUCCCCUGUGUGAGUCUGUUGAUGUCUUCUAAGGCUUCCACUAUAACUGAAGCACUUUCCACACUCGAUACAUUGAAAUGGUUUCUCCCCUGUGUGACUUCGUUGAUGUGAUCUAAGCUCUCCACUAUUACUAAAGCUCUUUUCACACUCCAUACAAUGAAAUGGUUUCUCCCUGUGUGAGUCCGUUCAUGAUUUCUAAGGUUUCCACUCUGAUUGAAGCUCUUUCCACACUCGAUACAUUUAAGUGGUUUCUCCCCUGUGUGAGUCCGUUGAUGUGUUCUAAGGUGUGCACUCUGACUGAAGCACUUUCCACACUCGAUACAUUGAAAUGGUUUCUCCCCUGUGUGACUCCGUUGAUGUGAUCUAAGCUCUCCACUAUUACUAAAGCUCUUUUCACACUCCAUACAAUGAAAUGGUUUCUCCCCUGUGUGAGUCCGUUCAUGAUUUCUAAGGUUUCCACUCUGAUUGAAGCUCUUUCCACACUCGAUACAUUUAAGUGGUUUCUCCCCUGUGUGAGUCCGUUGAUGUGUUCUAAGGUGUGCACUCUGACUGAAGCUCUUUCCACACUCGAUACAUUUAAAUGGUUUCUCCCCUGUGUGAGUCCGUUGAUGUGUUCUAAGGUGUGCACUCUGACUGAAGCUCUUUCCACACUCGAUACAUUUAUAUGGUUUCUCCCUGUAUGAGUCCGUUGAUGUCUUCUAUGGUGUGUACUCUGACUGAAGCUCUUUCCACACUCCAGACAUGUAAAUGGUUUCUCCCCUGUGUGAAUCCGUUUGUGCAAUUUAAGGUGUCCACUCUGACUGAAGUUCUUCCCAUACUCCCUGCACUUAAAAUGUUUUCUCUCUCUGUGAGUCCGCUGGUGUGUUCUAAGUUUUGCAUUGAAAGAGAAGCUCUUUCCGCACUCCAUACCUUUAAAUGGGUUCUUUCCUUUUUGUGUUCGUUGAUGUGAACUAUGUGUGCUCAUUCAGUGAAGCAUAUUCCACAUUUCACACAUUUUAAUGGCUAUUCCUAAUGAAAUGAAAGGUGCCCUGUCCUCUGCAAUUCUGUCUUCUCCAUCACCUUUUUCAGAGUGGGCAGAAAGGAAACCCUGUUUGGGUUUCAAGGAAGAGAACAAAGGGAAAAAAGGACACAUCAACCGCCAUUAGCACCUUCUCUUAUUUCAACAUCUCCUACAUUCUCCCAUGUCCUACCCAUGUUCCCAAUUUUUAGGAAAUCAAAAUGGUAUGAUGUCAAAUGGUAGUAAUGUAUCAGCAACCUUUCAUAAUCCUCAAUCAUCUUUAAUAACACAGCAUGAUCUUGGAAUACUGUUGUCCUGUGGAACUGCCUUUCAAAUCAAGUGGUUGCCCCCAUUUCCACCUCUAGAUCUUCAUGAAUCAACUGCAUAGUCCCACUGACCUCAGGAGGUCUAUAUGGACCAUUUUGGGAGACCCAGGUCUACAUCUUUUCUGGGGACUGUGGUCUGGGUCAGUCAGAGAACUAGUGACAAGGCUUGGUGCUUGGGGUCAGCUGAAUGGGUGCUCAGGGAAGCUCCUGUUCUGGGAGAUGGACCUCUGUCUACAUGCCUCACAUUGCAGGGAGAGAGCAGGAGAAGCAGAAGGAAAGCAGAUGGCAAAUGGGAAUCCCAGAUGGAAACACCCACCCCAAUGGUUCCUUAUAAUGAUGAUGUGCUGCCUGAUCCUGUGCUUGUCUUCUGACAGAGGACUAUCCUAAUCUGGCACUGAAAAGCAGGAUAUUCAAGGCAAGGAGAUAACCGUACUUUAUGGUAGGUAGCCAUAUUGGUCUGACACAGUUCAAGUAAAAAAGUAACAAAAAUAGUCCAGUAGCACCUUAGGGUCAUGGGAGAAAAGCAAUGACAAACCUAGACAGCAUCUUAAAAUGCAGAGACAUUUUAAGGUCUCUGCCAACAAAGGUCCGUAUAGUUCAAGCUAUGGUUUUCCCAGUCGUGAUCUAUGGAAGUGAGAGCUGGACCAUAAAGAAAGGCUGAACGCCGAAGAAUGGAUGCUUUUGAAUUAUGGUGCUGGAGGAGACUCUUGAGAGUCCCAUGGACUGCAAGAAGAUCAAACCUCUAGAUUCUGAAGGAAAUCAGCCCUGAGUGCUCACUGGAAGGACAGAUCCUGAAGCUGAGGCUCCAAGACUUUGGCCACCUCAAGAGAAGAGAAGACUCCCCAAGAAAGACCCUGAUGUUGGGAAAGAUGGAGGGCACAAGGAGAAGGGGACGACAGAGGACGAGAUGGUUGGAUAGUGUUCUCGAAGCUACCAGCAUGAGUUUGACCAAACUGCGGGAGGAAGUGGAAGACAGGAGUGCCUGGCAUGCUAUGGUCAAGGGGGUCACGAGCGUCGGACACGACUAAUUGACUAAACAACAACAACAACAGCACCUUAGGGACCAAUUAAGUUUGUUCAAGGUCUAAGCUUUCGUGUGCAUGCACACUUCUUCAUAUAGUGAUGGGUAGUAGGAGAUGGAAGUAGGAGUACCCUUCUGAGAAAAACCCCACCCCACCCUCCCACGAUAUACAAGGGUCUGGUGACAUCUGUUUCAGUGUAUCUGAAGAAGUGUGCAUGCACACGAAAGCUUAAAUGUAGAACAAUCAUAGGUGCUACUGGACUAUUUUUUAUUUCAACUGCGUCAAACCAACACGGCUACCUACCUGCAUCUAGAUGUCAUGGGGUGUUGGGGAGCAGUAGUUCCUUUGGUGGUGGUCAUGUCCUGCACCUUCUGGGGUCAUUUUUCCACCCUUGGUGCCCACCCUGCACUCAGCUCUCACCUGUGGCUUCCAUGCAACAGGGGUUCAAGCAACGGCUUCAACCGGCCGGCUAAACCAGGUGAGGAAAGCUGAUGGGUCUCAAAUCCUUGGGGGGCUGCAGAUUUCUGCUGCACCUGAAGUCAAGCCCUGGUGGAUGGAGAGGAGGAGAACAACCGUGAAUCCCACAGUCCAGAAGGCAGAUUCUGCCCGUGCGGAAGAGGAAAGUGAAGGGCAGAUGGGGCACGUCCACCUGGAGGCUUGUUAUCUAGUCCCAGGGUUACUCUGACAUUGAACUAUAUAUAAAUUACAGUAUUGAAAUGCACCCGCUCCCACUUCCUAUUCUGAUAUGUCACAUAGAGGAGGGAGAAAGGUUGUUUUCUGCUGCUCCAGAGAAGCGGACAUGGAGCAAUGGAUCCAAACUACAAGAAAGAAGAUUCCACCUAAACAUUAGGAAGAACUUCCUGACAGUAAGAGCUGUUCGACAGUGGAAUUUGCUGCCAAGGAGUGUGGUGGAGUCUCCUUCUUUGGAGGUCUUUAAGCAGAGGCUUGACAACCAUAUGUCAGGAGUGCUCUGAUGGUGUUUCCUGCUUGGCAGGGGGUUGGACUCGAUGGCCCUUGUGGUCUCUUCCAACUCUAUGAUUCUAUGAUUCUAUGAUAUUUCUGUACUCUGCUUGUCUGUUUCUUACUUGAGUGCUGUUUUGGUUUGCUAAGUCAGGGUUUUACUGUGAGUUACAUUUUUGCUAUUUUUUGGAUCCUGUUAUGCUUACUGUAUUCAGUAAUAAAUUUCUCAGCUGAAUUACUUUUUUCCUGACCCUGUGUGUUUUCCUACUCUGCUAACUAUACAUCGAUCAUUAUGGAGGAGCCAGUGGCGUAGCGUGGGGGGUACAGGGGGGGCCAGCCGCAACAUCUGGGGGGGGGGCGCUCGCACUCGCAGUGCGAAAAUCCACGGGUUAGGGGGCGCAAAUUACUUGCCUUGCCCCGGGUGCUGACAACCCACGCUACGCCACUGGGAGGAGCAAGAUCUGCAACCUAAAGCCCUCAACAGCCUUGGCCCUGUGGACCUGAAGGAGCAUCUUCACCCCCAUCGCUCAGUCCGGACAGGGAGGUCCUCCUCCAAGGGUCUUCUGCUGGUUCCCUUGCUGUUAGAAGUGAAGUUCCAGGGAACCAGGCAGAGGGCCUCCUGCCCCAUGGAAUGCCCUCCCUUCCGAGGGCAAGGAGGUAAGCAACUAUCUGACAUUUAGAAGACAGCUGUAUCAGGAGGUUUUUAAUGUUGGAUGUUUUACUGUCUUGUAUAUGUACUGUAGGGACGCUGGUGUCGUUGUGGGUUAAACCAUAGAGCCUAGGACUUCCUGAUCAGAAGGUUGGCGGUUCGAAUCCCCGCAACGGGGUGAGCUCCCGUUGCUCAGUCCCUGCUCCUGCCAACCUAGCAGUUCGAAAGCACAUCAAAGUGCAAGUAGAUAAAUAGGUACUGCUCCGGUGGGAAGGUAAACAGCGUUUCCGUGCGCUGCUCUGGUUCGCCAGAAGCAGCUUAGUCAUGCUGGUCACAUGACCCGGAAGCUGUACGCUGGUUCCCUCGGCCAGUGAAGCGAGAUGAGCGCCACAACCCCAGAGUCGGCCACGACUGGACCUAAUGGUCAGGGGUCCCUUUACCUAUAUGUACUGUAAGCUGCCCAGAGCGGCUGGGGGAAAAUACUAAUACUAGAACUUCUACAGUGGUACCUUGGGUUACAGGUGCUUCAGGUUAUAGGCGCUUGAGGUUACAGACUCUGCUAACCCAGAAAUAGUACCUUGGGUUAAGAACUUUGCAUCAGGACGAGAACAGAAAUCACGAGGCGGCAGCAGGAGGCCCCAUUAGCUAAAGUGGUACCUCAGGUUAAGAACAGUUUCAGGUUAAAAACGGACCUCCAGAACGAAUUCAGUUCUUAACCUGAAGUACCACUGUAAUAUUAUUAUUAUCGUGUGAUUUUUUUGUAGUUAUUUUGGAAUUUUUACUGCAAUAUUAGCUUACGAAAUCUUAAGGGUGGAGAAAAUCACAGGGUUGCCGUAAAAAAGAAUCCUACCCACGAACGCUCAUUCACAUACAGUCUGUAAAUCUGGGGGGGGGGGGAGGUCACACACCUCACCUGUGCUAAUACUGGCAGUCUUUGGCCUGCACAGGCACACCCGGUGUGUAGAGCCUCCAGCCACAGGCACUGUCUAUCAUGAAAAUGGGUCCUUUGACUGGGAAGAUUCAUGCAGUCGCUGUCAUCGGAUGAUGAAGGAUUGUAUCUCAGCUUGUCAGUCACUCUGACAUUGCCUUCGAAGUUUAAGAGGAUCAGAAAUCCUUUUGAGGUGCAACUUCUGUAUCAGCCCUGAGAGCCAUUCCAUGGACUCUGCACCCCUGUUUCUGAUGACAGGUGUACAUUAUCCUCAUCCUCAGCGGAAAAGACAAUAAAGAUGGAAGCCUGAGAGAGAGGAAAAGGUUUCUGGCUGCUUCCUGGGUGGGAUUGCGGAAACCAAGAGCCGCUUCUGAGAAGGCCUCCCCCCUCCCCUCUUCCUCUCGGGAUUUCCUCUCCUCUCCAGGGGACCAGUGGUUGGACUGGGCAGAAGGGCUGCGUCUGGACAGGGCAGGGGCUUAUGGGGUGGAAGGAGGAUGGAGGUUGCAGGAAGGAAGGCGUGGGGGGACAGGACCCCCACUUUCCAGGGAUCCCUCUCUGGUCGCCUUGAAGGGGGGGGGGUCGAUUGCUGGGCGGGAGGGAGAAGCCAAGGCGGCCCCUCCGGAGAUUCAUCGUGGGCGUCAUGAUGGAGAUGUCUCCCCAAAGACUGGUCUUCCUAUCUCCCCACCCACCCGGCCAAUGCUGCGCUUCCCUGCCUCGGCGAUGCCCCCCUCCCUUCUCCCCCCACUUCCAUGACCCCCUCUCUUUCUCCCGGAGUCUCCCCUGCACCCAGAGGCUUCCUUGGCACCACUCACCCCACGUCCUGCGCCCCCGUCUCUCCAUCCGCAUGCCCCCCCUAACAGGAGCAAGGGAGGGACAGGGGGGUCUCUAUCCAGGCGUCUCUCGUGCCCCUUAAGCUUUUCAUGGGACGCGCGGAGCCUGGGAAACGGGGCGAGGGGUCCGCCCUGCGAGCAAAGCCCCUUCGCAGCACGCGUGCCGGGAUCCAGGCCCCACGGAAGGCGCUUGGGGGAGCUGGAGGGGUCUCUGGGUCCUCGUCUCUUCCUCCCCCCCCCCCGACCCCUUUACCUCUUUGUCCUCGCUCCCGAUUCUCCUUUCCUUCCUGCAGCAUCGCAAGCCGCCCCCCAGAUCUACGGGGCAGAGCAGCAAUCCGGAGUGGAAGCUCCACGUCCUGGAGAAGAAGGCAGGGUGGGAGGGGGCUCACCCCCCCAUUCCUGGGACAGAAGAGCCGGAUUGGAGGAGGAGGAGGAAGGGGUGGGACGUUUGGGGGCGGGAUCUGGGCUUGUGGGGGCGGGGUGAGAGGAGGAGGUGCCGGGAGGGGAGGGAAAGAAUUGAGGGGGGAGAGGAAGGUUUCCCCUCUACCGUCUUCCUUCUGGAUCAGGAGAGCGGGGGAGGGGCUGAUCCCGGAGAUCCAGCUGCAAAGAGGGGUCCCCCCCACAAGUGCAACAUCCUCCCCCACCCCACCCCACGAGCUUAGAUCCCUCCGUGUUUUAGGUCUUGGUGCUGUUCAAACCAGAAAUGGAGGGGGGCAGCUAAACGACUCCCCCCAAAUCCCAGCUCCCCACCCCAGCCUCUGACUCAGGCCAGGACAAGGACCGUGGACACAGGCACCGUCCCUGCACAACAGCCAAGAGGCUCAGCAAAGCAGCCGAUACAAUUGGAGCCAGAAGCGGAUUCCAAAAUCUGAGGGCUCCCUUGGACCAGAAACAAGGAGACCAGCCAGGAAGAGCAGAGCAAAAGAGCAGCCAGUCAGCUUGGUCUUGAUUGAAGACUGUUGCCACAGGACUCCCACCUGCCCCCAGGUGGAACAAGAUGGAAGCCCCCUGACCAAACUUCAGAGGCAGUGGAAGACAGGAUUGCCUGGCGUGCUCUGGUCCAUGGAGUCACGAAAAGUCGGACACGACUAAACAACAACAACAAAUCCCCCAUGCUACACCCCCAAGACUACAUCAUGACUACAUCAUUGACACAUCACAAAGAGGAGGGGUUGAGGGAGGAGUUGUGGUGGUAACCUGAGUGUCUUGUUGAGAGCCAGUGGGGUGUAGUGGUUAAGAGCGGUGGACUCAUAAUCUGGGGAACCGGGUUCGCGUCUUCGCUCCUCCAGAUGCAGCUGUUGGGUGACCUUGGGCCAGUCACACUUCUCUGCGGUCUCUCAGCCCCACUCACCUCACAGAGUGUUUGCUGUGGGGGAGGAAGGGAAAGGAGAAUGCUAGCCGCUUUGAGAUUCCUUCGGGUAGUGAUAAAGCGGGAUAUCAAAUCCAAACUCUUCUUCUUCUUCUUCUUGUCACCUGCCCAGUUGCUCCUUUCCUCUCCCCAUGAUUACAUUCCUGAGGACAAAGAGGAGUUCAUGUGUUUCCUGCAACACAUGAAUCCCAAUCCCAAAGAAGGGCAGUGCCCAAGAAUGCUCCACCUAUCAUACAAUUGCCCUCAUUUCACACUCUAGCAAGGUUAUGCUUAAAAUACUACAAGGCAGGCUUAAGCAGUAUGUGGACCGAGAACUCCCAGAAGUGUAAGCUGGAUUUCGAAGGGGCAGAGGAACCAGAGACCAAAUUGCAAACAUGCGCUGGAUUAUGGAGAAAGCUAGAGAGUUCCAGAAAGACAUCUACUUCUGCUUCAUUGACUAUGCAAAACCAUUUGACUGGGUCAACCACAGCAAACGAUGGCAAGUUCUUAAAGAAAUGGGAGUGCCUGAUCACCUCAUCUGUCUCCUCAUCUAUGUGGGACAAGAAGCUACAGUUAGAACUGGAUAUGGAAUAACUGAUUGGUUCAAAAUUGAGAUAGGAGUGUGACAAGGCUUUAAAUUGUCUCCCUGCUUAUUUAACGUAGAUGCAGAAUUCAUCAUGCGAAAGGCUGGAAUGGAUGAAUCCUGUAAUAAAAAAUUAAGGUUGAUACGGAAGGGGGGGCAUGUUUGUCAACCCCCUUCCCAGAAGCCUUCAGAGGGUUUGAGGCGAUGACCUCAAGGGCGCCCGGCCCUACAAGGACCCCCCAGCCCCCUCACUCUUUUGCACUAAGCACCAGGCGAAGCCCAAGCCCCCAAAUAAAGUGCCCUUUCCUGCGCCCUUUCCCUUUCCCUGGGUAGACCGGAGGAGCGAGUAGCGUAUUUUAUGAAUGAACAGACUAGUUGCCUACGGGAGCGUCCUGACCAAUCAGCCUGCACCCAACGCAGCCUCCAGCCAAUCAAGACAAUGCAUUUGGUCUGCAGUGUCAGCUCUUGCAGGCCUCAGUCACCUUCUGACAAGCUGUUGACAGCUCCCUGCGGGGGAACAAUGGACUGACACCUCGUAUCCUUGCUAAGCCCAUCCAAAUUGAUACAAUCUAUCAAUUCGCUUCCCAAAUGAGCUGCCACUCUUUCAAAGGGCUAAAAAAGUAUUAAAAUUCAUAGAAAAUCACCCGCACCACCGAUUCUCUUGCUUUCAAUGCCAAACUGCUCAAUUUACUCAGGACUUCAAGACUGCCCAGUACCUUCCAUAAUCCCUCAAGCGGGAGGUCACGGUCACGUACACCCAGGAAAGACCUCAUUGAUGCCAAAUCACCCAGUCUAGCCCUUCCUCCAGGCUCGGCCGGGUCACAGACUAUGCAAACUAAGACCCCAUUGCUCUCUUAUCACCGGUAAUCAGAAUGUGCCUUUCAAUACAUGUUUCAACUCUGCAUGUUUCCCCCUCCCUCCUCCAUAUGUUAAUCCUGUAGAACCCACCCCUUUUCUGAUGUAAUCGUGAUGUAGCAAUGAUGUAGUGAUGAUGCUUUUGAACUGUAUCUGGGGUAAUGGUGGGAAGUUUUAAAAGUUCAUGUCACCCCAUCCUCGGGGUUCAAUCUCGCCUUGAACCUGUUGCACAACAAACGUGGAUCUUCUCCAACUUGCUGCAGUCUCUGGCUGCGCUCCUUUUGUUCCGCAGGGACCCGCGGACUCAGUCCGACGAGCUAGGUGGCAGAGCAGCCUCACACCUAGAUUUUCCGUAACAAGGUCUUAUAAUAUACAAUAAAUGUUCAUAAAUGUACCAACCAAGCGCAUACAUAGAUAUGUGGACCACAUGUCUGGAGCAGCACAGGAAGAGCGUCCUGAAACCAUUUAGACUCCCCAACUGACCAAAUGUUUUCUCUGCAAGGAGGGAGCGGGUGAGGGAACCUUCCCAUUGUCUCAGGAAUUGGGAAAUCACCAUCUCAAAGGAAUGGCCAGACUACCAGGAAAGGGAAUCAGAUAAGGCAUUAUCAGAUAACCUGGCAGACGGGAAAAACAACAACAUUCAAAUUUCUGUUGUAGACCGCCUUUUCUGUGAUGUAGGUAUGUUGGGAAUCAAGCCUUUAUCAGGAGAAACUGGCCACUCUCCAGGCACCCGGCUUGAUCUCCUGUUGACCUCCCUGUCUGCAUUCCCCAGCAGGAUCCAGGCAGAGGUCGCGAUAGGCGAUCCUUCUCAGAGUGAGAAGAACACCCCCCUCUUUCCUGCCCCCCCAGGCGGGGAAAGAGAUAGACAGCAACGUAUUUACAUGCCUUUAUUUCUGUCUUUGCAGCGUUACAAAAAUCAUGACUGCUCUCUUCAAGCUCCAGCAGUCGAGAGACAAACUCCUCCUGUACUUCCUGUACAGCUCAUAUUACACUCUCAGCUAAUUCCGGUGCCCUCUGCACUGUGAAUUGACUGUCCCUCUGUUUCCCACGGAACAGUCCCAACAUUCCCAUUAGGUUUUGCUUUCAAGCUACCAGCUCGCGGCCGCAUUGCUUCUAUAUCGUAACAUACUCCCCCAUAUGAAUCAAUGUGCGCUGCGAGCAAAGCGUGAUCCAGAGAAGAAAACAAAUAGUUGUUAUAUAUAUAACACUCCCUGUUGUUUCAGUUCCACCCUUGGAACUACCCGCCACUGGUUUCCCCAGUGUACCUCUCUGGUUGUCUGACUUCCAAGGAAUGAGUGCAUCUGCAUUACCUUGGCUAGGGAAUGUAGUGUUACACUUAGCAACUCUCUGUUGUGUCUUUGUCUCUGACUUAGACACAGCUUCAACCUGUAGUCCAAAAACAGGUGGAGGCCCAAGGUUGGGAAAUGCUGCUCUAGUGACCCCAGGGUCUGGAAAGAACUGGAGUUCCAGCGAGGCUAACCAGAGGAAGCAACGCUUGAUCAGGCCGGCCUCAAAUUGAUUUAUUUUUUUAAAUAAUCUUUUUUGAUUUAAAUUACACACAUAUACAAAGAAUUUGGAAUCUCAUACUGCAAAAAUAAAAUUAAAGAAAAAACGAGGAAGAAAAAAGGAAAGAAGAAAAUACAGAAAAGAAAGAAAAAGCAGAUUUAUGUGCAUGAUUAAUUAAAUAAAAAAGACUUCUGACAAAACGAGUCUUCCAAUCAUUCUCAUUGUGCUGUUUAUACUGCCGUUGUUUCUUUCGCACAGUUUUAUAUUCUUUAAUAUUGUUCCCGUCUACUCCACAAACAGUAUUUGUUGUGUUUACAAGUAUCACUCAUGUUCUGCUAAUAUGGUGUGGUUGGUACAAUAUGAUCUUAUAUAAUCCUUAAAUAUUCUCCAUUCUCCAAAUAUUUUCCGGUUCAGUACUCCUCUAACUCUUCCCGUCAGUUUUGCUAGUUGUAACUAUUCUAACAUGAGUAUAUGGCUUCUCUUGGUGAUGUCCACAAGGGUAUUUUUGGCUCAAGUAGUCCUUUAUAUUUAUUCCAGAUUUUAUAUCACGAUUUUCUUAUCACAUGGCUCAAAAAUCCCCUGUGGACCUUCACUUUUGGUAUAUUAAAGAAGCGUGCCAUCCAGACCGAUUCUUGUGGCCUUCCAAGUCUAAUAUGUCCGUAUCUUUUAGUGUAAUCCUGUCUUUUAUCCAAACCAAUCCUGCCACCGCAUGGUAGAAUUCCAAAUCUGGCAAUGCAAAACCUCCUCUCUCCUUUUGAUCUGUUAAUAACUGGUGUUUAAUUCUCGGUUUCUUUCCACUCCAUAUAAAUCGAGAUAUUUCCCUUUGCCACUCCUUAAAACAAUUCAUUCCUCCUAAAAUGAGCAUUGUUUGGAAUAAGAACAUCAUUUUGGGGAGGAUAUUCAUUUUCACAACCGAGACUCUUCCCCAGAGUGAGAGAUGGAGUUUGGUCCAGGUUUCCAUAUUUUUAAAAAGUUCUUUCCAUACUUUACUAUAAUUAUCCUCAUAUACAUUUAUACUUUUAUUUGAAAUCCAGAUCCCUAGGUAUUUAACCUUAUUUUUUAGUUUCCAGGCCUGUUUUUUCUUGAAGUUCUUUUUUUUCUUACAUUGUGAGGCUUUUUGUCAGUAAUUUAGUUUUUUGGUAGUUUAUUUGCAGCCCCAGGCUGGCCAUGAAUUAAUCUAGUAAAAGACCCUGGGAUGGCCAGGAGCAGCGCAUGCGGACGUGAGUCUAGGAAUGGAGAAGAUUGUGGGCGGGAUUCUCUGAAACACCCAGCAACCCAGAUUCUCAUCCUUGGCUGUCUCUUCUGCUUACGGUCUUCACUCCCAGCCUUCCUGGCAAGAGGUAGCUAGGAGGGGGAGGGGAGAACGGGAGAAUUGGGGUUCUGCAAUUAGAGAGGCAAUUGACUGCAAGGGGAGAACGCCAAUGAAAGCUCUCAUUCCCUGUCGGGGAACCUGAGAUCUGAAACUUUUCCUUUUCCCCAAGGAAGACGCCCCAAGGCUGGUCCAAGUGGCCACUUUGGAUAGCAAGGGACUUGGGCUCGGUUUCCGAUUUCUCUUUUUCUCGUAAAUGCAGCUGCACCGGCAGCACCAGGAUCCGGAAGGAAGUGACUGGUGCGCGUCAGAGCGCAAGAGCAUUUCCAGUUCCUUUCCGUUCUCUCUGGAGCAGCCGGAUUUGGCACUGGGCUGCCAGGCGUCCAAUGGAAAGGGACUCUUUUCCCUAGAGGCAGAAAAGGUUGCUGGGACCCCAUGGUAAAUAAAGGGAGGGAGAAGGACUUUGUAGAGACCUUCGUAGAGAAGACGAACGACUGUCAGGUCAGGAAAGACCUGGGAAAAGGCUAGCGGGUUUUUGUUUCUGUUUUGGCUUUGGUUGAAAAAUGGGAUCCCCACAUUCUAAGCGUUCUAACCGCCACACUCAGAGGCAUGUGCUGGUCGCAGCAGGAGGGAGUCUCCUGGAUGCUUCAGCAGCCGGCCUCCUCUGGGUCUCCUGGCCCCCUCCUCUCCUCCCUCCGAGCCUGAACUGCUCUCUGCCCCAGACUCUUCCCGCUCACCUAACCCAGUUUCCUCCUCAGCUUGCAACAUCUCCCCUUCCGGUCUGCUCCCUUUUCUCCCUCUUUCGCCUCAUCCCAUCACCAGUCAACAGGAUCUGAGCCUUCUUGCCUUGUGGGUCCCCCAGCUUGUGCCUCCCCCUCACCAGCCAGUCCUUGACAACAACAGCAGCCACAGCACUGUGGUCCUCUGGUAGGAAAACUCCUGAGAAGCAUGAUUGAAGCAAACCUUCUGGGACUAUGGAAAAAUGCUAUCUUCCUCAAACCCCAGAAUGAGCAGGUGCUCUGGGGUUGCCCCAUGGGGUUCAUGAGUGAAGAUGGGCCCCCCAGGAGACUUCCCUGCUACCUGCAGCCCCUCCUUCCCCCUCUUGAAAUUAGACUUGGGGGGGGGGAAUCUCCCAUUCAAUUACAGUAUUUCAAGCUUUCUUCAGAACGCGCAGGGCAGGAGGCAGCGAUGAAGUUCUGGUGAAGAAGCAGUGCUUGGAGAUCAUGUGGUGGUGGUGGGGGGUGAGAGAGUUUGGUACAAAAACCAAAAGUACUUUCAUCUAAAAUUAUACUCACCAUUGUGAGAUGCUGCCUUCAUUAUUUGAUUAUUAUAAUGUUUUACAUAUAAACACCAGAACUUCACAUAUCCCUGAUGCUUUUAGGAAUGAUUUCCUGCUGAGUUCAUUGCUCAGAGUGGACUCUGAGAGGAAGAAGUCCCACACUCCAUACAUCUAAAUGGGUUCUCCCAUGUGAGAGUCCUGGGAUGCUCCUUAAAUACUCCGUUAUAAAUAAAGCACUUCUUGCAAUCUUUUCAUUUAAACUGCUUCUCCUCUCUGAGUUUGUUGAUGGUUUGAAGGGUUUCAACUCUUAAAGUUCUUCCUGUCCGUGAGUCUGUUGAUUUUGAACUUCCACUAAGAGUGAACCUCUAUCUACUUUCCUGAUACUUAUACGGUUUGUCUUUUGUGUGAGUUUCUGACAUAAAUCAAGGGUUCCACUCUGACUGAAGCUCCUUCCACAGUCCAUACCUUUAAAUGGUUUAUCCCCUGUGUAUCUACUGAUGUUUUCUAAGAUUUCCACUCUGAGUGAAGUAUUUACUGUACUCCAUACAUUGAAAUGGUUUCUCCCCUCUGUGAGUCUGUUGAUGUCUUCUAAGGCUUCCACUAUAACUGAAGCGUUUUCCACACUCGAUACAUUUAAAUGGUUUCUCCCCUGUGUGAGUCCGUUGAUGUGAUCUAAGGCUUGUAUUACAACGGAAACUCUUUCCACACUCGAUACAUUUAUGUGGUUUCUCCCCUGUGUGAGUCUGUUGAUGUCUUCUAAGGCUUCCACUAGAACUGAAGCACUUUCCACACUCGAUACAUUGAAAUGGUUUCUCCCCUGUGUGACUCCGUUGAUGUGAUCUAAGCUCUCCACUAUUACUAAAGCUCUUUUCACACUCCAUACAAUGAAAUGGUUUCUCCCCUGUGUGAGUCUGUUGAUGUCUUCUAAGGCUUCCACUCUGACUGAAGCGCUUUCCACACUCCAUACAUUUAAAUGGUUUCUCUCCUGUAUGAGUCCGUUGAUGUGAUCUAAGGCUUGUAUUACAACGGAAACUCUUUCCACACUCGAUACAUUUAAAUGGUUUCUCCCCUGUGUGAGUCUGUUGAUGUCUUCUAAGGCUUCCACUAGAACUGAAGCACUUUCCACACUCGAUACAUUGAAAUGGUUUCUCCCCUGUGUGACUCCGUUGAUGUGAUCUAAGCUCUCCACUAUUACUAAAGCUCUUUUCACACUCCAUACAAUGAAAUGGUUUCUCCCCUGUGUGAGUCUGUUGAUGUCUUCUAAGGCUUCCACUCUGACUGAAGCGCUUUCCACACUCCAUACAUUUAAAUGGUUUCUCUCCUGUAUGAGUCCGUUGAUGUGAUCUAAGGCUUGUAUUACAACGGAAACUCUUUCCACACUCGAUACAUUUAUGUGGUUUCUCCCCUGUGUGAGUCUGUUGAUGUCUUCUAAGGCUUCCACUAGAACUGAAGCACUUUCCACACUCGAUACAUUGAAAUGGUUUCUCCCCUGUGUGACUCCGUUGAUGUGAUCUAAGCUCUCCACUAUUACUAAAGCUCUUUUCACACUCCAUACAAUGAAAUGGUUUCUCCCCUGUGUGAGUCCGUUCAUGAUUUCUAAGGUUUCCACUCUGAUUGAAGCUCUUUCCACACUCGAUACAUUUAAAUGGUUUCUCUCCUGUAUGAGUCCGUUGAUGUGAUCUAAGGCUUGUAUUACAACGGAAACUCUUUCCACACUCGAUACAUUUAUGUGGUUUCUCCCCUGUGUGAGUCUGUUGAUGUCUUCUAAGGCUUGCACUCCGACUGAAGCACUUUCCACACUCGAUACAUUGAAAUGGUUUCUCCCCUGUGUGACUCCGUUGAUGUGAUCUAAGCUCUCCACUAUUACUAAAGCUCUUUUCACACUCCAUACAAUGAAAUGGUUUCUCCCCUGUGUGAGUCCGUUCAUGAUUUCUAAGGUUUCCACUCUGAUUGAAGCUCUUUCCACACUCGAUACAUUUAAGUGGUUUCUCCCCUGUGUGAGUCCGUUGAUGUGUUCUAAGGUGUGCACUCUGACUGAAGCUCUUUCCACACUCCAUGCAUUCAAAUGGUUUCUCCCCUGUGUGAGUCCGUUGAUGUGUUCUAAGGUCUCCACUCUGACUGAAGCUCUUUCCACACUCGAUACAUUUAAAUGGUUUCUCCCCUGUGUGAGUCCGUUCAUGUCUUCUAAGGUUUCCACUCUGAUUGAAGCUCUUUCCACACUCGAUACAUUUAAGUGGUUUCUCCCCUGUGUGAGUCCGUUGAUGUGUUCUAAGGUGUGCACUCUGACUGAAGCUCUUUCCACACUCGAUACAUUUAAGUGGUUUCUCUCCUGUAUGAGUCCGCUGAUGUGAUCUAAGGUGUGC